AUGUCGAUGUAUAAAUGGAAGGCAGGGGCUGAAGUUGUGAGAGGGGCUUGGUUCCCCUUCUUAAGGAGCACCAGCCCUUCCCUCAGUACCGUCUUAGGUCUGGGGAUUUCGUGUGGUCGUCACUUCCGGUCUGGCCAAACAGCUGUCUCUCAUUCUUCAGCUCGUGAUGCAGCUUCCUGGAGGUCCAAACUGCUCCUAGCGCGGCUGUCUGACUUUUCAGGCAGACACAUGAGAUCGGGCUUCCAGGCUCACAGCCUGUCAAAAAAAAAACAUGAGUUGAGGCCGUUGCACUAACGGCGCGGCCGAUGACGUCAAAGGGGGUUCGACGGGCGCACUGUAUUUCACAUGAUCGGCUAUCUACAUUACCAUGCAUUCGGUAAAACGUUGUACAAUUCGUGGGAUUAUUCAGCUAUCGGUAGAUUCUAAUUACAGCUUGCUUUACCGUUCGUUUGCUGAACACUAUAUUGCUUUAGUGAUUGGUUUCAGUUUAGGGCGACCUCUGGCGGCUGAAUUGGUUACAGCAGUUGUAGUUACAUUAUUUUGUUUUAUUUUUACUGACCCCUGGUGGUCAUAAUAAUUAUUACUGCUGGGAAUUUAUUUUCACAUAGGGAUAAGGAUAGUUACUACUGGAAAAUAGGGGUUCUGGUAGGGUCGUAUGGCUUGUUAAGUAUGGGGCACUCAUGAGCUAUGUUGAAUUGUGAAUGAAUCAACAGAGGGUUACUAGAGAGGGAAUAACUUUCUAUACACUAUACACUAUAUGUACCAGAGCUAAGAGUAUCAUGUGUCUGCAAUUGUUAUAGGACAUAUAUAGUUAGGUGCUAAGGAAUCUAGUGCAUGUCAGUAAUUUUGGACCUUUUUCAGUCCCAACAGCAUCCACAGUGUGCUGCUACUAUACCAACGUUGCACCUCGUAUAGGUCAGUAAUCUUUAGUUAUUAACCUCUCAUCAUCCCACAAGGGCCGGGUACUUAUGUGUAUUUUUUCUGUAUUACUAGGUUUAAGUCAUCCUUACUCCUUUGGGGUAUUUGGUUCCAGUCCCCUACGGUUGGAAUAUAUCGGUAGGUAUCCGGUUAGCAGGGGGGUAGGAGGGUUGCAUAUUAUCAUAAACCUGGAAACUCACUAUUCCUUUUAUAGGUUACUACAGAACGCCUGUUUCACCUCUUACUACUACCUUGCAAAUUGCUCCGCAGGUACGUCAUGAUUUCUUAACAUUUUUCCCAUCUUUCCUACCCUUUCGGGUUCCUAGUACAGGGCCAUACUGGCAUUUAAGAACAGGAGCCUCUAGGUAAGUUUCUGGCCUUCUAAGCCUUACGUUAGUGGUCCCGCGAGGCCAACACCCAUCCUCAUUUCGGAGGUACGACAUUCCCUCGGGCCAAUUCAUAGGUAGCUUGGUUGCAUAGAGAGGGCCUCACUUGUCACUCCCAUUCUGUCUUAUGCCUUUACAAGUCACAGAGAGCCCAACACCCCACCAUAAUGUUAAUGGCCACGUACCCCACACAAGCCAAAUCAUAGAUAGUGCCUCUCAAAGCCACUUGGCAACUAGCAGGGCCUCACCCGUCACAUUAUUUCAUAAUAGUUUCACCGCUUGGCAUUAGUUACAUCAGCCAGUCGGGUAGUGCCCCAGUCGACUGAUCUACAUAAUGUGUUAUCUUCAGUCCUGACUUCAUUGGGCCGUAUUACGGCCAAACUUGAUAAGAUGGAUGCAGAUAGCCAGCAACGGUCAUCCUCAGAACUAGGGCAUCCGGUCGCUAUGGUUCGCCCAGAUCACCUAACUGGUAAUGUUCCAACGGGUAUGAAAGACCCGCAUAUUAUUAAUCCGGCACACAUGGUGCCUGCUAGUAUCAAGAAGGACAUCUUGGAAGGGAAGGAUAUCAAUCUAGUAUCACUUCUCAUUGCUUCUCAAGAUGUCCUUGAAAAUAAAACUUAUGCAUAUGGGGACGUGUCUGUAGUGUUAAAAUCUAGGGACCCUGGAUUGAAUCGCAAGCUAUCCAUACCCGAAUUUGUGUUGGCUUUUGGGAUAUAUAGAGACGUGAUAUGCUCCGUAUAUCCUGAUAGGAGGGAAGAGUUGGAUCUCUAUCUCCACAAGCUGGUGGAUUUGGGGCACGAGUACGGUGACACGUCUUUUUACGACUACCACCGUGCUUUUUCCGCAAAGGCGUUGUCUGCUCUAUCCCAGUUUAAUCAUCAAGCGGAUUGGGGGGUGCUUGAUACGGAGCUUUUUUUGACGACACUUUGCGGGCCUAAAAACCCCAGCUUGUGCCAUUUGUGCGUCCAACUCACACACGGCAAAUUUGUGCCCUAACUCCCCAGAGGUGAAUGCUCUAUUUCCCCCUACAAACAUGAUGCCCACUGGGAGAACAGGCAGGGUACUGAAGGAUAAACUAGGACGUGAUAUUGUGUUUUUAGGGAAAUCUCAAAUUUGUAAUAAUUUUAACACAGGCACUUGCGGCUACAGUGCAUGCAGACUACUGCAUGUCUGCUCCCAAUGCUUCAGGGCUCACUCUAAGGUCAUGUGUCCGAAUAAAUCAUAUCCCUUUUGUCUCUUAAUGUCUCCCUGCUGAAAGAGUUAUUGUGUGAUCACCCAUCGCAACAUCUCGUAGAUUUUCUGGUGGAAGGGUUCACUUUGGGGUUUCACACUGGUAUUGUGCACAUGCCUACUGGGAUCCAUAGGCGUGCGCACGGGGUGUGCCGGGUGUGCCUGGGCACACCCUAAUCCCCGUGGCACGCCUAUGGUUGGAGUCCUGCAGGAACAGCGUUCCUGCAGGCACUCAGUGUCCCCUGUUUUACCUCUUGCCCCUGUCAUGGGAGGGCAAGAGGUGAUGAUUCCACCCACCCUGCAGUUCAGCCGCGGCGAGGGAGCUCUCUGCUGUCUGCUCCCUCUCGCCGCGCGCUGAUGCCGGGAGCCGGAAUAUGACGUCAUAUUCCGGCUCCCAGCUGCAGCAGACAGCCCGCGCGGCGAGAGGGAGCAGACAGCAGAGAGCUCCCUCGCCGCGGCUGAACUGCGGAAAGGCGCCCGCCCCCACUGGACCCCAGGGAAAAGUCCACCAGCACUCCAGGUAGGAGGCUGGGUGGACAUUUUUUUUUUAAAAUUAAAAUAUAAUAAUUUGUGUGUGUGUGUGUCAGUGUGUCUGUGAGUGUGUGAGUAUGUGUCAGUGUGAGUGUGUGUCUGUGAGUGUGUGAGUAUGUCAGUGUGAGUGUGUGAGUAGUGUGUCAGUGUGAGUGUGUGUCUGUGAGUGUGUGAGUAUGUGUCAGUGUGUGUUUCUGUGAGUGUGUGAGUAUGUGUCAGUGUGUGUUUCUGUGAGUGUGUGAGUAUGUGUCAGUGUGUGUUUCUGUGAGUGUGUGAGUAUGUGUCAGUGUGAGUGUGUGUCUGUGAGUAUGUGUCAGUGUGUGUUUCUGUGAGUGUGUGAGUAUGUGUCAGUGUGAGUGUGAGUGUGUGAGUAUGUGUCAGUGUGUGUUUCUGUGAGUGUGUGAUUAUGUGUCAGUGUGAGUGUGUGUCUGUGAGUGUGUGAGUAUGUGUCAGUGUGUCUGAGUGUGUGAGUAUGUGUCAGUGUGUGUGUGUCUGUGAGUGUGUGAGUAUGUGUCAGUGUGAGUGUGUGUGUGUCUGUGAGUGUGUGUGUCAGUGUGUGAGUGUGUGUCUGUGUGUGUCUGUGAGUGUAUGAGUGUCUGUGAGUGUGUGUGUGUGUGUCAGUGUGUGUCUGUGAGUGUGUGUGUGUGUCUGUGAGUGUGUGUGUGUCUGUGAGAGUGUGUGUGUGUAUAUAUAUAUAUAUAUAUAUAUAUACACACACACACACACGCGCGGCGUGUGUUUGUGCUUUAGGGUGCACACCCUAAUGCAAUAGGCUGCGCACGCCUAUGCUGGGAUCCUAGAAUGUAAGAACUUGCAGACUGCCCAAGCAGCGCCAGACACAAUUAACCUACUUCUACAGAAAGAAAUUGACCAAGGGUUUCUAAUCGGACCUUUCGACUCCCCACCUUUCGCGGUUUGGAGAACUAACCCCAUUGUCACAAGUAAAUCCUCCAAUAAACAAAGGUUGAUUCCGGACCUCUCUGCUCCCCACACGUCACCUAACCCAAGUCUUAACUCACUUAUACCAUCUGAGGAAUUUUCUCUCCAAUAUGCAAUCAUAGACCAUGCCAUCACGGCCAUCCUCUCGGCAGGAGUGGGGUCAUGGCUGAGUAAAACGGACAUAGUGAACGCAUUUAAGUUACUCCCUAUCCAUCCAUCCCUAUGGCAUUUACAUGGUGUUAAGUGGCAUGAUUCAUAUUAUUUUUUUCACGAGUCUCACAUUUGGGUCCAAGAGCAGCCUCAGGAUAUAUUUGCUGAGACGUUGUGCUGGAUGCUGCUUAACAUAUGUAAAUGCCCUACCGUUAUCCAUUAUCUGGAUGAUUUUUUUAUCCGUAGAAAGUAACCUUCUACCUCCCAGUAGUCUCCUUUCUACAAAACAACUGUUCUCACAACUUGGAGUACCUAUUUCACCCACAAAGACUGAAGGUCCCGAUACAAUCAUUAACUUCUUGGGGGUGGUACUGGACUCUGUGCAUAUGCAGGCUAGCCUCCCCGGGGAAAAGAUUGAACGUAUCCUUUCUGCCAUUGACCAUUACCUAGCAGGUGGUUCUUGUAAUAGAAAGGAGUUGCAAUCCCUGUUCGGUUCUCUUAACUUUGCAAUGAAAAUCAUAUCACAAGGGAGAGCGUUUAUAUCACGAUUGCUGAGCUUAUUUCCCCUAUUACAAUCUGAUUCCUCACGCAUUACAUUAGACAUUCAUGCUACCGCUGACCUACACAUGUGGAGGGAAUUCUUGCUGCACUGGAAUGGAAAAAGCAUUUUCAUUCCAGUAUGGAAGGAUAGGUCGGUAUCUGUAUGGACAGAUGCAGCAGCCACUUCGGGAUUUGCCGCAAUUUUUGGCAAUGAAUGGAUGUGGAGUAUAUGGCCAAGGGAAAUUAAGGAGAUUCCCGAGUUCAAAGACACCUCGGCGUUAUUUGAGCUCUACCCGAUCGUGCCAGCAGCAGUUAAAUGGGGUGCUUGCUGGUCUGGGAAUACGGUGCGUUGCUUCUCGGACAACAUGGCAACAUGCCAUAUUGUAAACAAGGGACGUUCCACUUCCCUGGCCAUCAUGCGAUUUAUGAGGACUCUCACGUGGCUAGCUGCAAAACACAGUUUCUUCUUAACGUGCAUACAUGUUCCCAGGGUUCUGAAUAUCACUGCUGACCAUUUAUCACGGUCUUAAUUUCAGGAAUUCCGGGCGGCACUGCCAACAGCUACCCGGAUACCAACUCCAGCACCGCGGUGGCAGGAGAUGGUUUGGGACUAACGGAACUACUCACUCACGGGCGGCAACUCUCUCACAUGGGUCUGUCGGUUAACACCAGGAAGGCAUACGGCAGGGCCUUUCAUAUCUUUAAUAAGUUUCUGCUUGACUACAAGAUCACAGGCCAGUUUUCCAUGGAAACAAUGAUUGCGUUCAUUUCCUUUUGCCACCUUCACCUAACACUUUCAUUCAACACUAUUAAGUUAUACAUCACAGGUAUUCAACAUCACAUCCUCACUACUUGGCCUAAUAAACAACGCUUUCUGUCAUCUUACCAAGUUAAAGCUUUACUUAAAGGUAUCAAGGACUCCACCCCUACGCCCACACCAUCCAGAUUAUCUCCUGUUCCAGUCACUGUCAAACCUGUUAGACACUUCACCAUUUGAAACUCACACUAAUCAGGUUAUUAAAACAGCCAUCUAUUUAGCUUUCUACGGUUUCCUUCGGCCCAAAGAAUUUACCACCUCCAACUACUGCACCCCCAAUUUUAUCACAAGGUAAAAGCACACAAUCACUAUUUACUGUCCCUACACCAUACGAAAACAAGUACCAAGGGUCAGAUUGUCACUAUUACCUACUACCCCACAGGUAAUAGAUGGUGCCCUGUGGAAGUGUUCGAUCAAUACCUCUCCGCGUUUCCCUCGGCUCCAACCCAACCACUGCUAGCCUUACACGGGAAUACGCUCACUACGAGCAAAUUCAUGCUCUAUGUAAGGAUGUUGUUGGUUCGUUUGGGUUUGAACCCCGCCAACUAUUCUGGUCAUUCAUUUAGAAUAGGAGCAGCUACUACCGCUUCUAAAAGGAAUAUUCUGGCUCACAUCAUUAAGAUAUUAGGCCAAUGGAAGUCCACGGCUUACACCAGAUACAUUCCUCAGCCUGUACAAGAAGUGCGCCUUGCAUUUAAAAAUAUGAUUAUGUGAUAUUCUAUGUUGUAUUGUAGGCUGAAUAAACUGGUUACAUCUUUUUGCCCUCUUUUAUUUCAGGCCUACUACCUCGUCAGUUACGGCACACCACAACUGACUUGUUCCAUGCACUGUUUGUUUUAUGUUACUAAUUCUACAGCUUUAUGCCCUGACCACAAAUGGAAGGCAGGGCCUGAAGUUGUGAGAGGGGCUUGGUUCCCCUUCUUAAGGAGCACCAGCCCUUCCCUCAGUACCGUCUUAGGUCUGGGGAUUUCUCCCACCCACCACACCUCCUUUAUAAAUAAUUCAUAAGGUAGGCCCUCUUUUAUUUCAGGCCUACUACCUCGUCAGUUACGGCACACAACAACUGACUUGUUCCAUGCACGGUUUGCUUAUAUUACUAAUUCUACGGCUUUAUGCCCUGACCACAACUAUUGUAUAAUGUCAAUGUAUAACUAUUGUAUAAGGUUGAUGUAUAAAUAUUGUAUAAUGUCGAUGUAUAACUAUUGUAUAAUGUCAAUGUAUAACUAUUGUUUAGUGUCGAUGUAUAACUAUUGUAUAAGGUCUAUGUAUUUUUAGGCUGGUAAUUUGUAGCUAUGUAGUAGGAUUGAAUUCUUCAGUAUUAGGGAUUGUAUUAUCAAGUAUUACUAUACAGCUUAAAAAGUAUUUUUAAAAAGAGGCUAACUGUGUUUCAUUGCCCUUGCAUGUACAUGGUACAAUGAUAAUAAAGUUGAAUCUGAAUCUGAAUGUAUGCAGAGGAAAAAUGUGUUAUUUGCCGGUGAUAAUAAAGAAUAGUAAUAGACAGCAGAAUAUUAUUAUAUCUGUUAGAUUUAGAUGAAGAAUUGCUUUUUAUUGACUGUGACGGACAUUAAAGGGACAGUUUAAAGGGACAGUUUAAAGGGACAGCAUCUGUUUCUUGCAGUAGAAGGGUCUGAGGAUUUAAGUGCAGGAAGUUAAUUGAGGAUGGUUUAUUGAUCUUUCAGGACUUUCUGCAGCUGGUUCUCCCUCCUCCCUCUCGCUCACUCAGCCUCCUCCCUCUCCCAGCCUGCUAUGGGAAGACAGCUUGACAGGGCACCAAGCACACUGCUCGCAGGCAAUGGCAGUGCACGGUGCCUGGUUGGUACAUGGCCGGCUCCAGGGGGCAUUCCGCAUCCUCAGCAGGAGCUGUGUGUCUGGGGCCCCGGCUGUGAAGGUGGCAGGAGCCACACAGGUUAGUGCUGGUACUCCCUCCCAGUGCAUGCCAUACUGAGCAAAUACGGACUGUGUGCUCUCACCCUAUCAGUGUGUGUACCCCUUAAUGUACUCAUACCCUGGGCCUGCGCUGUCAGUGUACCCUCUCAAUGCACCUCUACUAGUAAUGUGCUGUCAGUGUACCCUCAAUGCACCUAUAUUAUUAAUGUAAUCAUACCCUGGGCCUGCGCUGUCAGUGUACCCUCUCAAUGCACCUCUACUAGUAAUGUGCUGUCAGUGUACCCCCUUAAUGAACCUCUACUAUUUAUAUGCUGUCAGUGUACCCCUCAAUGCACCUAUAUUAUUAAUGUAAUCAUACCCUGGGCCUGCGCUGUCAAUGUACCCUUUCAAUGCACCUCUACUAGUAAUGUGCUGUCAGUGUACCCCCUUAAUGAACCUCUACUAUUUAUAUGCUGUCAGUGUACCCCUCAAUACACCUAUAUUAUUAAUGUACUCAUACCCUGGGCCUGUGCUGUCAGUGUACCCUCUCAAUGCACCUCUACUAGUAAUGUGCUGUCAGUGUACUCCCUUAAUGAACCUCUACUAUUUAUAUGCUGUCAGUGUACCCCUCAAUGCACCUAUAUUAUUAAAGCACUCCUACCCUGUGCUGUCAGAAUACCCCCUCAAUGACACUCUAUUAUUAAUGUACUCUUACCCUGAGCAUGUGGUGUCAAUGUACCCCCUGAAUAAACCACUACUAUUAAUGUACUCCCACCGUGAGCCUGUGCUGUCAUUGUACUCCUACCCUGAACCUGUGUUGUCAGGGUACUCCCAACAUGAUCUUGUGCUGGCAUUGUACUCAUGAACCUGUGCUGUCAGUGUACAUCCACCAUGAUCUUGUGCUCAGUGUACUCCCUCCUUGAGCCUGUACUGUCAGUGUACUCCCUUCUUGAGCCUGUACUGUCAGUGUACUCCCUCUUUGAGCCUGUGGUCCCACUCUGAGUGUAUAUUGUACUCUAUCUCUGAUAUGUCACUGUACCCAUUUAAAAAGGAGAUCUGGAUUAUUUUGCAUACAGGUGGUCCUCAUUAUACGACCUACCUGUUUCACAACAGCUCUCUAGCGUGGGGGUAAGUGCGAGCUGUCGUGGAGAUUAGAGGGAUUCCCUGCUCUGGUGCGUUCGUUUAUGUUCGAGGAAAUUUCCAUGAACAUAGACAAGCACACCAGAGCAGUCGGUAAGUGAGGAGUGUCUGUAUAUAUAUAUAUCCAUCCAUCCAUCUAUCCAUUCAUCUAUCCAGUUCUGAAUUGGACAGCCCUAUGACAUGUGAGGUAUAUGAGGAUCGCUGAAAGUCCUAUUACAGGUGAUGCAAAAUACAGAUUUUUAACAUUAAUUGCGAGCUAUUUAGCACUGUCACUGUGUUGUCACGCCAAAGUCCUUUCUGCAAUUUUAAGUACUAAUAGUACUACUUUGUACACAGUUGGUUUGUUCUGUUGAAGUUACCAGGAUUCAUGAUAUGAGUGACUGAAGAAUUCCUCAGUAUUAAGGUACAGCUAUGGCACAGCCAGGGUACAGCCAGGGCACAGCUAUGGCACAGCUAUGGCACAGCCAUGGCACAGCAAGGGUACAGCUAUGGCACAGCCAGGGUACAGCUAUGGUACAGCCAGGCUUGUUCUAUUUACGCCUUUAAUUGGACACACAUGAUAAAUACUGGGGUGUUCACUAGCAAUGAUUUGUUAUGAAACAUCUUGGUGCAGCGUCAGGGAAGCCUUUCCCAAGUAGGAUUCUCUGGCACAUUUGUUGUUAGAUGCAAGACUAAAGGAUUUAAUUAAUAAAUAGCAGAUUCAAUCUUUGAUCAAUAGAUUGUGAUAAUUCAGCAGGACUGCAAAACGUAGCCAAAAAUAUCUAAAGUUUGGGAAAGAUUAGUGCUGGUUAUUCAUUUCUUUUUUUUUUUUCACCUAAAAUGAUUUUUCAAGAUCUGUUGGUACAGCUGUCCCCAUGGGAUCUAGAAUCAGUCACAUAAAUAAUCUGCUUACUUCCUAUAGCAAAUCUCAGCAAUGUGUAUAAUCAUAUUAAGGUUAAAUUAGCAACACAAACAUAGCACAGAAUGUUUCUCUCCUUUUCAACCUUUGCUCCAGUGCUGGUCGUCACUUUGUAGAGAAAUUAUUUAUUUAUUAAGUUCUCAGUUCUGUCCCUCUGUAUCUCUGCAGAGGGAUUGUGGUUUUCACACUCCCAUCCAGGGUGGUAAAGGUGUGACAGAAGGCGCUAAGCAUGUUAACCCUUUCAGUAAUUCUCUCCAUCGCUCAGAUACUAGGUUAGCUGACUGGGGCUUUGGUUCAAAUUAUAAUGGCUGCGUUUCCAGGAAAGGGCUUUGGUUUCCUUUAAAACAACCAACAGUGACUCUUUGACCAUUUUAUAUAAAUCACUAGAAAUCCUUUCACACAGGUGUUAAUAUUUAUCAAAUUGCCGGGUGCAAUGCCAGAGCUUUUAAAUAUCCAGAAUAGUAGAAAGGUGGCUGCACUCACGGUCUUCCAUAAAAGCAAGUCUUUAUUGAAGUCAAAGUUUAAAAAAUAGGAUCAACGUUUCAGUCCUUUUUCAUUGAUCCUUAAUGAAAGUCCUGGAAAAGGACUGAAAAGUUGAUCCUACUUUUUAAACUUUGACUUCAAUAAAGACUUGCUUUUAUGGAAGACCGUGAGUGCAGCUACCUUUUAUACUAUUUUCUCUCUCUGUGUGUCUCUCUCUCGCUGUCUCUCUCUGUCUGUCUCUCUGUCUCUCUCUCUCUCUGUCUGUCUCUCUCGUUCUCUCUCUGUCUCUCUCUGUCUCUCUCUGUCUCUCUCUCUCUGUCUGUCUCUCUCUCUCUCUCUGUCUGUCUCUCUCUGUCUCUCUCUCUCUAUCUCUCUCUCUCGUUCUCUCUCUCUGUCUCUCUCUCUCAGCAGCAUAAUCAAUGGGAUAACUGUGGUGGAUUGCCACGAAUCAUGUGAUCCAUUCGUUUGCUGCCGAUUUAGAAUCUUGUGAUUAUUGUAGAUUUUGUAAUAAUACCCAUCAUUGAGCAAAUAAAAUGCCUGUUUGGGUUGAGUGUUCAUAUAGGACAAGGGGAUCCGCAAUGUAUUUAGGUAUAGAUCUCCUUUCAUUCUAGAACGAACUGGAAAAAAUGCCAAUUUUAAUAUUUUGCCCUAAAAUGUUCUAUUACUUGAUAAUUCUGGUUAGCAAAUAAACCCCAAAUAAAUUGUCAAUAGGAAAAUCCCAAGGUGAUCACCCCACAUUGAAUUCUACGCUAACUGCAGUAUGCACUCCAUAUUAAAACCCGCACUGUGUGAGAUACACUCUGUGCACAUCCUCUACUGAGAAUCAUUAAACUCCAAACUAGCACAUAUGUUGGUAAUUAUUAAAAAAAAGGGGGAGAUGGCAGUGGAUGGAAGAGACACACAUGAUGAGAAUGCUGGCAGUCACGUGAUGGGGCUAUAACUAGCCAUCUGACUCGAAGUACGUUAUUAUGCAUUAAAUGGAUAUUAUGCUCAGAAAACAAAGAUCUGACUUGUUCUGAGUAUUAAUGACAUUUAUCAGUGACUGAAGUAAGAUCGUGUAUUAUGUCCCACACAUGCAAUAUCCCUGCAGCCAAUACACAGCCUGGGAGCCACACACAGCAAACUAGACCUUUGGAGCUCGAGUGUAAUAUCUGUCACAGAGUAUCAGCAACGGGUUAAACAUUAGCUAUGCUGGACUACAGCUAUAGGGAACCCACCCACAUCGCCUAUCUCUGCUACAUAGUAUACAGAGCUCACAGAGUUCAAAGCAAUAUAACUCCGGGGGACACUUUCAUUUUACGGGUGUGAGUGGGGGUGUGAUCAAGGGUGGGGCUGUUCAUAGAAGGUGACUAAAAAUUUAUGCAACUAAAAUGUAAUUUAGAACAAGAACAAUGUAUCUUAUCUAAACAGACUGAUUUCUAAAUACAGUUAUUGUAGUUUAAAGACACAUUACUGGGAGUAUUAUUGCUGGGGAGCUCUGUUAUACAUCAGACACAUUACUGGGAGUAUUAUGGCUGUGGAGCUCUGUUAUACAUCAGACACAUUACUGGGAGUAUUAUUGCUGUGGAGUUCUGUUAUACAUCAGACACAUUACUGGGAGUAUUAUGGCUGUGGAGCUCUGUUAUACAUCAGACACAUUACUGGGAGUAUUAUUGCUGUGGAGUUCUGUUAUACACUCAGACACAUUACUGGGAGUAUUAUUGCUGUGGAGCUCUGCUAUACACUCAUACACAUUCCUGGGAGUAUUAUUGCUGUGGAGUUCUGUUAUACACUCAGACACAUUACUGGGAGUAUUAUUGCUGUGGAGCUCUGCUAUACACUCAUACACAUUCCUGGGAGUAUUAUUGCUGUGGAGCUCUGUUAUACAGUCAGACACAUAACUGGGAGUAUUAUUGCUGUGGAGGUCUGUUAUACACUCAGAUAUAUUACUGGGAGUAUUAUUGCUGUGGAGCUCUGUUAUACACUCAGACACAUUACUGGGAGUAUUAUUGCUGUGGAGCUCUGUUACACACUCAGACAUUACUGGGAGUAUUAUUGCUGUGGAGCUCUGUUAUACACUCAGACACAUUACUGGAAGUAUUAUUGCUGUGGAGCUCUGUUAUACACUCAGACACAUUACUGGGAGUAUUAUUGCUGUGGAGCUCUGUUAUACAUCAGACACAUUACUGGGAGUAUUAUGGCUGUGGAGCUCUGUUAUACAUCAGACACAUUACUGGGAGUAUUAUUGCUGUGGAGUUCUGUUAUACACUCAGACACAGUACUGGGAGUAUUAUUGCUGUGGAGCUCUGUUAUACACUCAGACACAUUACUGGGAGUAUUAUGGCUGUGGAGCUCUGUUAUACAUCAGACACAUUACUGGGAGUAUUAUUGCUGUGGAGUUCUGUUAUACACUCAGACACAGUACUGGGAGUAUUAUUGCUGUGGAGCUCUGUUAUACACUCAGACACAUUACUGGGAGUAUUAUGGCUGUGGAGCUCUGUUAUACAUCAGACACAUUACUGGGAGUAUUAUUGCUGUGGAGUUCUGUUAUACACCCAGACACAGUACUGGGAGUAUUAUUGCUGUGGAGCUCUGUUAUACAUCAGACACAUUACUGGGAGUAUUAUGGCUGUGGAGCUCUGUUAUACACUCAGACACAGUACUGGGAGUAUUAUUGCUGUGGAGCUCUGUUAUACACUCAGACACAUUACUGGGAGUAUUAUGGCUGUGGAGCUCAGACACAUUACUGGGAGUAUUAUUGCUGUGGAGUUCUGUUAUACACUCAGACACAGUACUGGGAGUAUUAUUGCUGUGGAGCUCUGUUAUACACUCAGACACAUUACUGGAAGUAUUAUUGCUGUGGAGCUCUGUUGCUCUUGUUGCUUUAUUUUUGUUAAAUCACUGGGCAAUAUGUCAUGUGAUUGCUCUAUUUAUCUCAUUCUAAGACCUGCUAAGGAACCAGUGAUUAUGUUCUGAUAUGUAAAACCAUAGAAUUCGUAGAGGGUGUACUUUCUUUUUCCCGUUACUAUAGAUACCUUGGAAUGUACAUUUGUGCCUGAAUCAUAACAGGGAAACUUACUAAAAUGUGAAAUCUUAGGAUAAAAAAAAAGCAGAAUUGGAAAAAUCCCUCAAGGCAGAUAUGUUUCCGCUAUUGAAAUUAUAAGAAAUUUAGUUAGAAUUCCGACACUUUAUUGAAUAUCUGUGUCUAGUGGUCUGUGUGUGAGACCCAGAGUGGAGCAAUCAGCAGGUACAGUCCUGUGGUUUCCAUGGUAACUGCUGCUCUUGAAUAUUUUUUGUGAUGUUUACGCCAGACGUCUUUUGGACUUGGGUAAAGCAGUAGAGAUAGAAAAGGCCCCAAUGUAAAGUGAAAACAUUUCAUGGAUUAUAAGACGCACUAGCAGCGAAGAGAUAUAAGAAUAUUGUUCCCCCGUGUGCUCAUUGAUUGGGUGGAGGAAUACUGUCUUUUUGCAGUAAACAAGGGGAUUUUAGACGGGGAUCAAAAUUACAUAAAGUGUGUCAUUUUCUGCAGGUUUGUGGCAUAGUUCACAAAUUCCUCCCAGAAAUGAAUUUUGUAUGAUUAUUUCUUAUUUACGUUGUUCUGUCAGUUACAUUUCUCCAUGUGCCAUGCCUGGAGUGUCCCUUUAAACAUGCACAAGGUACGUUGCGCCCCCUGAACAAAUGCCAAGCGCCAGAUGUGGUGGGUAAUGCGCACAGAAUCAGAGAGGAUUAAAUUAGGAUUUGAAAGUAGAUUAGUCCUUGUAAAAUGAGAUUAUUGCACAUAAUAAAAACAUUUCUUUAGAAAAUCCUUGGCUGGUUAUUUGAAGUUAUCACUGGCUGUUGCUCAGCCUCAAAUUACAAGAAAAUACAAUUGGGGGAAAAAAUCAGCUGUUAGACAAAAGCUGUCAAAUGGCCAUUAACUCUUUAACUGCUAGACGUAGCACACCUGCUGGGAGUUUGUAACGUACUUUCACCGUACUUUGUAAAAUACAUUUCCUUAUUUUGUCCAUAUGUUUCUAGCCUUUUAAUAUUGUAUACCUGAAAAUGGACCUUGUUGUGUUCUUUUUAAAUAGAUCUCUCUUCUGGUCUAAGGAAAGAACCCAUAUAUUAUCAUUAUUACUACAGAGGUACAUUGUAGCAGAUACAGAUUAUUUAAAGAUAUCCCAUCAUGGCAAACAUUAACAAAGUCAGUAUGAUAAUCACCUAAGUAACUUUUAUUCUUUGUGUCUUUUCGCAGUCUGGCUUGUAUAGUGUAGGGAUAAAAUACGAUUCCCUUUCAAGUAUCAGCAUUCGGAGUGGCCGGUGCACAUUAUCACCAUGAGUGGAGUUUUUCCAAAAAACAAAUGUAAAAUUGGAUAAAUCUUAAAGUAACGCAAACUCAUUUUUUUUUUCUUUAAUUAAUAUAGAGCUACUCAUUAAAAGUAACCUUUUAUUCUUUAACAACAUCAGGGGAUGAAACAAAACAAAAAAUUUUUUAUUAGAGAACUAUCUCAAAUCUCUAUGUACAUUUAAAUAACUGGAAAUUAGUGUAAGCUCAUCUGCCACGUCAUUGGCAAACUUCCUCGGUGAGCCCUUAACUAACAAUUCACCUUGCUGCUUUCAGCUAAAAGGCAAAACAAGUUUAGCUUAAUGAAGCAGUUAUGGUGUAUAGGUCAUGUCCAUGCAGUCUCACUGCUCAAUUCUCUGCCAUUUAGGAGUUAAAACACAUAUGCUUCAGUUUUUUCUGUAUUUUUGGGUAUGACUCACACAGUCUCCAUAGAAAAAUUGUCACUUUCAGACAUUAACUUGCCUUAGAAGUUUUUAUCUCCUACUCUUUAAAUUGAACUUUAAUUGCACACAGGAGGCUCCUGGAAGGUCUAGCAAGCUAUUAAUAGAGUAAGAGAUAAGAAAUUCUAAAUUAAACAAAUGUGCAAUAAAGGAAGUGUAAACAUCAGAUCCCUCUUUAUAGGAAGUGUUUAAGAAAGCAGUGCAAGCUACAUGCAGGUAGGUGUGGCUUGGGCCAUAUAAAAAAAAGUGAUUUAACUCCUAAAUGGCAGAUAUUUGUGCAAUGAGACUGCAGGGGCAUGAUCUAUACAUCAAAACUGCUUCAUUAAGCUAAAGUUGUUUAGGUGCCUAUAAUGUCCCUCUAAAGUUCUACUAAUAAGAAAGUCUUUAUUAUUAAGGUUUUAUUAAAGUCUGUGAGAUCAGUAGCAGGGGACCGUUAUGGUUAUAAUUGGGUAUAACAAGCCCAAUGAUCCAAGCAAGCCCUACAUUUGUUAUUGCAAGCUCGGAGAACUGAGCGAUAAAUAGCUCUUGCAGUACUUUUUUCUCUUUUUCCUACAGAAAAAGAUCAGAUUGUGUUCUGAAUUAACCUGCUUGGCUUCUACAGACACAUAUAUUUAUUUAUUUUAAACUGCAUUAUAAGUGAGUGCAGGCUAUAGAAUAAAAAUACCUACAAACGAUAUGUCUUAACAUAUCACCUUACAUUUGUUUGCUUGUUUUCUUUUACAAAGUGUCCUAACCUGUCCUCCUCCGCCUUCCCCUCCAGUAUGGGAACAGGUUUUGGAUUCUGUAAGCAGUUCAGCAGGCUGAGAGAUUAUCACUGAGUGAGAAUGCAGCUACCUCUCAAUGACUGAUUACAAUAAGAAGGAAUUUGGGUUACAAUCCUCCCAAUGAAAGUGUUUGGAUAGCAGUCUAAUCACAUACACACACACUCUAUAUUACUAAAUAUAGGCAGGUGGGCAGAAAGGUAGGUUGUCUGAAUUCAUGCUGAGAAUUGCUGAGAAACUGCGUAAAUUUGGCAACAGAGACUGUUGAAGAUACAAAUGUACCAGAGUAUCUGGAUGUUCAAUAACCAGGUGACAGAGUUCAAACACCUGGGGCCCUGCUGACUUUCCGGUAUGAAAACAUUAACACGUAAAAUAUAAAACAAAUGGGAGAACACGGCUCUUCUCUCACUAUAUAAUUGUUUUAUGUCUCACUUUAUUUUUCUCACUCAGUGGGCAAGCUGGGUAAUAGACUGGGUGAUACGGGCUCAGUGCGUGAGCUGGGUAAUAAACUGGGUGAUACGGGCUCAGUGCGUGAGCUGGGUAAUAGACUGGGUGAUACGGGCUCAGUGCGUGAGCUGGGUAUUAGACUGGGUGAUACGGGCUCAGUGCGUGAGCUGGAUAUUAGCCUGGGUGAUACGGGCUCAGUGCGUGAGCUGGGUAUUAGACUGGGCGAUACGGGCUCAGUGCGUGAGCUGGGUAAUAGACUGGGUGAUACGGGCUUGGUGGUUGGACUGAGUAUUAGACUGGGUGAUACGGGCUUGGUGGUUGGGCUGAGUAUUAGACUUGGUGAUACAGGCUCGGUGGGGGAGCUGAGUAUUAGACUGGGUGAUACAGUCUCGGUGGGUGAAUUGAGUAUUAGACUGGGUGAUACGAGCUUGGUGGGCGAGCUGAGUAUUAGACUGGGUGAUACGGGCUCUGUGGGGGAGCUGAGUAUUAGACUGGGUGAUACGGGCUUGGUGGUUGGGCUGAGUAUUAGACUUGGUGAUACAGGCUCGGUGGGGGAGCUGAGUAUUAGACUGGGUGAUACAGUCUCGGUGGGUGAAUUGAGUAUUAGACUGGGUGAUACGAGCUUGGUGGGCGAGCUGAGUAUUAGACUGGGUGAUACGGGCUCUGUGGGGGAGCUGAGUAUUAGACUGGGUGAUACGGGCUUGGUGGUUGGGCUGAGUAUUAGACUUGGUGAUACAGGCUCGGUGGGGGAGCUGAGUAUUAGACUGGGUGAUACAGUCUCGGUGGGUGAAUUGAGUAUUAGACUGGGUGAUACGAGCUUGGUGGGCGAGCUGAGUAUUAGACUGGGUGAUACGGGCUCUGUGGGGGAGCUGAGUAUUAGACUGGGUGAUACGGGCUUGGUGGUUGGACUGAGUAUUAGACUGGGUGAUACGGGCUUGGUGGUUGGGCUGAGUAUUAGACUGGGUGAUACGGGCUUGGUGGUUGGGCUGAGUAUUCGGCUUGGUGAUACAGGCUCGGUGGGGGAGCUGAGUAUUAGACUGGGUGAUACAGGCUUGGUGGUUGGGCUGAGUAUUAGACUGGGUGAUACAUGCUCGGUGGGGGAGCUGAGUAUUAGGGGUGAUUGGGCUGAGUAUUAGACUGGGUGAUAGUAUUAGACUGGGUGAUACAUGCUCGGUGGGGGAGCUGAGUAUUAGACUGGGUGAUACGGGCUUGGUGGUUGGACUGAGUAUUAGACUGGGUGAUACAGGCUUGGUGGUUGGGCUGAGUAUUAGACUUGGUGAUACAGUCUCGGUGGGGGAGCUGAGUAUUAGACUGGGUGAUACAUGCUCGGUGGGGAAGCUGAGUAUUAGACUUGGUGAUACAUGCUCGGUGGGGGAGCUGAGUAUUAGACUGGGUGAUACAUGCUCGGUGGGGGAGCUGAGUAUUAGACUGGGUGAUACAGGCUCAGUGGGCGAACUGAUUGUCAAACUGGGCGAUACAGGCUCGAUGGGUGAGGUAAACACUGGUACAAGUAAAACUGACUCCCAAAACACACCUUGUUCCGUUCUAGGUGCCAGAGAGAAAGAGAGAUAACAUGUUUAUUGAGCAGUUGUUGUUCCAUAUUAAUAGCAAAAUGUUUCCCUAGGGUCUGGCAAUCACAGACAGGAAAAGGUUCAUCAAAGAAAACCCAAUGCCUUUCUCUGCCUUCCUCACGGAUAGUUUUGGCCGUCAGCACAGCUACCUGAGGAUGUCACUCACAGAGAAAUGCAACCUUAGAUGUAAGUACAAAUUAUCCAUCUGCUGCCCAUUGGUCGCCCCCAGGACCUUGCAGAUCAGUUUGCAGGAUGGUUCCCAAAGGUGUAUUUUAUUUAUGUAUUAAUUAAAAAAAAACUAAUGCAUAUUCAAUUAAAUAAACAGGGCCGCUAAACAUUUUACAUAAUGUUGUAAUAUACUUGGAAUGGGGGAAAAACACAUGGACUUUGAAAAUGUACUGGGUUGGGCAAUAGAAAGGAUUGGCCCAUACAGUGGUGUAUCCUGGUUUUGUGCUGCCCUAGGCAGGACAAAACUCAGGCACCCCCUCCCCCCGCGCCACCCCCACCCAACCCUUCCCCCCGCCCCACCUUCUAAAUACACACACACACACACAAUCAGUCAGACACACACACACACAGUCAGACACACACACACACAGUCAGACACACACACACACAGUCAGACACAAACACACACACACAAAUACACACACACAGUCAGGCACAAACACACACACACAAACACACACACACACAGUCACACACACACAAACAGUCACACACACACACACAGUUAGACACAAACACACACACAGUCUUGCCACACACACAAACAGUCAGACACAAAAACACACACUGAUCACACACACACACACAGUCAGACACAAACACACACACACAGUCACACACACACACAGUCAGACACACACACAGGCACAAACACACACACCGCAGUCAGACACACACAGUCAGACACACACACACACAGUCAGACACAGAAACACACGCUUUACACAGUCUCACACACACACACACACACAGUCAGACACACACACAGACACAAACAGUCACACACACACACACACAGUCGGAGCCACAAACACACACACACAGUCAGACACAAAGCACACACACAGUCACACACAAACACACAGUCAGACACAAACACACACACACACAGUCAGACACACACACACACACAGUCAGACACACACAGACACACACUGGUCAGACACACACACACAGUCAGACACAAACACACACACACACACAGUCAAACACACAUACAGUCACACACACACACAGACACACAGUCAGACACACACACACAGUCAGACACACACACACAGUCAGACACAAACACACACACAGUCAGACACACACACAGACACAAACACACACACAGUCAGACACACACACACUCACUCACAUUAACACUUUUUUUAACACACACACAGUCAGACAAAAACACACACACAGUCAGACACACACAGACAAUCACUCACAUUAACACUUUUUUUUUUCUGGUGGUCCAGUGGUUGCCGGUCGGGCUGAUGGGCGGCUAAUACGUCCCUGGGCCCAUAGUUAAACAAUCCCAUGGUCCAAUAUAAUAAGCCAUUUUACAAUAAGGGGAGUCAGACUAUUUGUGCAUUACCUCUGCACUAUAUUGUAAAAUCAUGAGGGACCAGGCCUAAGGACCUAACUGUUCCCAAGGACCAAGGAUGUCCGAUCAUCUUGCUACAAUCUGUAAUAAUAAAAAAAAAAAAAUAGUAUUUACAAUAAUCCUGACUGUCCUGGAAUCACUGUCAAGCUAAGCCACUAACAUUGGGGACAUUAUGGGACAAUCAUAGGCGUGCGCACGGGGUGUGCCUGUUGUGCCUGGGCACACCCUAAUCCCCGCGGCACGCCUAUGUAUAUUGAGAUCGGCAGGGGAGAUCUCAGGAUCUCCCCUGUCAGCUCAUGCAGAGCCGGGGCUAUCCGAGCACCACAGGGGCUAGAGUUCACUCUCCACUGGACCACCAGGGAAAGCAGCAGCAGGCAUAAGGUAAGACGGGAGGGGGGAUAUCAAGUAAUGUACCCACACACAUACAGCACACACAUACAGCACACACACCCACACAUACAGCACACACAGACAUACACAGCACCUACACAUAUACAGCACACACACACACACACACACACAUACAACACCCACAGACAUACACAGCACCAACACACAUACAGCACCCACAGACAUACACAGCACCAACACACAUACAGCACCCACAGACACAUACAGCACCAACACACAUACAGCACCCACAGACAUACACAGCACCAACACACAUACAGCACCCACAGACAUACACAGCACCAACACACAUACAGCACCCACACACAUACAGCAUCCACAGACAUACAGCACCCAUAGACAUACACAGCACCUACACACAUACACAGCACCCACACACAUACAGCACCCACACACAUACAGCACCCACACACAUACAGCACCCACAAACAUACAGCACCCACAGACACAUACAGCACCCACACACACACAGCACCCACACACACAUACAGCACCCACACACACAUACAGCACCCUCACACACACACACACACAUACAGCACCCUCACAAACACACACAGCACCCUUACACACAGCACUCAAACAGCACCCUCACAUACAGCACACAAAUAGCACCCUCACACACACAGCACACUACCAGUACCCUCACAAAAACAAGCAGGACCCUAACAAACACACACACAGCACACUACCAGUACCCUCACACACAAACAGCACCCUCACACACAGUGCAUUAACAGCACCCUCACAAGCGCACACACACACAAACAGCACCCUCACACACAGUACAUUAACAGCACCUUCACAAGCGCGCACACACAAACACCCUCACCCACAUAGCACACUACCAGCACCGUCACACACACAUCACACUAAUAGCACCCUCACACAGCACACACACACACAGCAGUGUGUGUAUAUAUGUGUAUGUGUGUAUAUAUAUAUAUAUAUAUAUAUAUAUAUAUAUGGUGUGUAUUUGUGCUUUAGGGUGCACACCCUAAUGCAAUAGGCUGCGCAUACCUAUGGGGACAAUACUUUGAAAUCUGCUGGAGGACUGAACAUCACAAACCUUGCAAAAUGCCCUAUGUUGACUCACUAGCGUAUUUAGCAAGAUUCCUUGGAUUGUCUUCUAGUUGUAAUGAAUUUCCCCUGCUCAAGUUAUUUGUACAUUUCAUUUUUCAGUCCUUUCAAACACAUAUCUGGUAAAUAUGGAGAAUACAUAAACUUCAUAUUACAAAUCUUAGAAAAGUGACAAUGACCUUUAAGUUUUUGUCCGACAUCUACAGCCUAGUCAGAGCAAGUCACACGUAAUAAUAAGGGUACCUGGAUUUUCAAAGUUUGAUGUGAUAUUUUUUUCUGGUAUUUAUAUUCUGGUUGCAGUAUAACCCAUUUAUAAUAUUAUCGCCCAUUUUUUGUACUUGCACUGCCUCAAGUUACGAAGCUUUAAUCCCUUAAGGACCAAACUUCUGGAAUAAAAGGGAAUCAUGACAUGUCACACAUGUCAUGUGUCCUUAAGGGGUUAAAACGUCUCCAGGCAAAAUAAAUUGAGAGAUUUUGCAAUAAAGAUACUAGUGAUUGGUUAUUGUAAUAUAUUGUCUGAGAUACCUGCUCAGUCUCUUCCUUUGUUUAAUUAAGUUGCAGAGCCUUGAAAUCAUUCCAUUAUAUAAUAAAACCAGUCUCCAGUUUGUUCUGUCCCUCCCAUUGCUCAUUAAGGCCUCAGAUUCUCUGUCAUAUGAUGGCAAUUUCUAACCCGCUUAGUGUCUUUCAUGACUUUAUAAAGAUAUGUCUCCUUUCAUCAUAGAAUCACAUCAACAUCGCAGUCAGGUCAUUGUAUUCCUUAGCUUCGUGAAGUCAUGGUAUUCCGUGGCUUUGUAAAGUUGAGCUGGGCAUUGCUUUCCUUUCAUUAUUAACACCUUAAGGACACAUGACAUGUGUGACAUGUCAUGAUUCCCUUUUAUUCCAGAAGUUUGGUAUUUAAGGGGUUAAAUGACCAGAUAACUGCAUCUCUAUAAUGUAAAGGAUCAUAGUUUAGUAGAAACUGUAAUGUUUGCAUUGCAGGUUUAAAUACACAUCCAGUGAUUGUCUUCCUGCCAUUAGAGGCACCUCCUCCUCCAGACUGUUUGAAAUCCAGUCCUUGAAUCAAAUGCUGCUGAUAGCAUUUGAUUGGAGGAGCACGAAGUUUAGCCACGCAAUCGCAUGCUUUGUUGCAAUUCAUUGCUUCUCUAUAAGAACGAUUGGUUUGGAGUAGAUCAAGGAAGACAUCAACAGGCACGCUGAUGUCCUCAAAAGCGGAGCAGGUAGCUGUAACGGGGGUUCCCGGCACUGAAAACUGGGUGAGUAUUCAUUAUUUAGCUUUCAUUUUUUAAUACCAAAGGCAGGGGUGCACAGAAGUACUGCAAAACUAUAUUUUUAAAGGACUGUAGGUUCUCUUUAAUGCAGUUUUGUCAGUCGGUCCUAUGGCUUGAUAAAACGGGGUUCCUUUCUUACAAGUCAGUUCUUUAUUCCAGGUCAGUACUGUAUGCCUGAAGAAGGUGUGAAACUAACCCCAAAAGUUGAACUUCUCACCACCCAGGAGAUCUUGACGCUGGCCAGGUUGUUUGUACAAGAGGGAGUGGAUAAAAUUCGUCUAACUGGUGGAGAGCCGCUUAUUCGUCCAGACGUGGUGGAUAUUGUUGGUGAGCCCGUUUUAAUGGCACUUAGUCCGGUGUAGGCAAUCUGUGGGUCUACAGAACCAGAACAUGACGACCUACAUACUUUCCUACUCAUUCCUCAUCCUGUUAUUAAAACAUUGGAAUUAUGUUGGUUGGCUGCACACUGUUAUUUACUAAAGGGAGAAUUGUUAGCAGCUACCUUUAGAAUAAGAUUAAAACCCUAACAUCACAUAGAAGGCAUGUAAAGAAGAUUAUUAUUAAUAGCUGAGGGGACACAUAAUAUGGGAACAUGUUAUCUAGUUAGCAGAGAAGCAUGGCAGCAGGAACAUGUUUAGUUAACAGAGAAGCAUGACAGCAGGAACAUGUUAUCUAGUUAGCGGAGAAGCAUGGCAGCAGGAACAUGUUAUCUAGCGAGAAGCAUGGCAGCAGGAACAUGUUAUCUAGUUAGCAGAGAAGCAUGGCAGCAAGAACAUGUUAUCUAGUUAGCAGAGAAGCAUGGCAGCAGGAACAUGUUAUCUAGCGAGAAGCAUGGCAGCAGGAACAUGUUAUCUAGUUAGCAGAGAAGCAUGGCAGCUGGAACAUGUUAUCUAGUUAGUGGAGAAGCGUGGCAGCAGGAACAUGUUAUCUAGUUAGCGAACAAGCAUGGCAGCAGGAACAUUUUAUCUGGUUAUUGGAGAAGCAUGGCAGCAGGAACAUGUUAUCUAGUUAGCGGAGAAGCGUGGCAGCAGGAACAUGUUAUCUAGCGAGAAGCAUGGCAGCAGGAACGUGUUAUCUAGUUAGCAGAGAAGCAUGGCAGCAAGAACAUGUUAUCUAGUUAGCAGAGAAGCAUGGCAGCAGGAACAUGUUAUCUAGCGAGAAGCAUGGCAGCAGGAACAUGUUAUCUAGUUAGCAGAGAAGCAUGGCAGCUGGAACAUGUUAUCUAGUUAGUGGAGAAGCGUGGCAGCAGGAACAUGUUAUCUAGUUAGCGAACAAGCAUGGCAGCAGGAACAUUUUAUCUGGUUAUUGGAGAAGCAUGGCAGCAGGAACAUGUUAUCUAGUUAGCGGAGAAGCGUGGCAGCAGGAACAUGUUAUCUAGUUAUUGGAGAAGUGUGGCAGCAGGAACAUGUUAUCUAGUUAGUGGAGAAGCAUGGCAGCAGGAACAUAUUGUCUAGUUAGCGGAGAAGCAUUGCAGCAGGAACAUUUUGUCUAGUUAACGGAGAAGCAUGGCAGCAGUAACAUGCUGUCUAGUUAUUGGAGAAGCGUGGCAGCAGUUGAAGAGCAGCCGGGAUAGGUUAAGACACAGGCGGUGUGUGAAGAUCAGCAGGAACAUAAAAUUUAUAGAGCCUCAUCCAUCUACACAAUAAUUUCUCUAGAACCAGCUUACAUACAGUUAGCUCACUGUUCGCAUAUAAUUAUUGUAACCUUUGGCAAAUAAAAGAAAGAUGUUUAUUUUUAUAGGGAGCGCAGUGACCCUGCAGCUGCCGAUAGAUCUGUCCUUGUAAAGCUGCAGCCAUAACAAUCCUCUAAAUGCAUUAUUUAAUUAAAGGGACACUAUAGUCACCUGAACAACUUUAGCUUAAUGAAGCAGUUUUGGUGUAUAGAACAUGCCCCUGCAGCCUCACUGCUCAAUCCUCUGCCAUUUAGGAGUUAAAUCCCUUUGUUUAUGAACCCUAGUCACACCUCCCUGCAUGUGACUUGCACAGCCUUCCAUAAACACUUCCUGUAAAGAGAGCCCUAUUUAGGCUUUCUUUAUUGCAAGUUCUGUUUAAUUAAGAUUUUCUUAUCCCCUGCUAUGUUAAUAGCUUGCUAGACCCUGCAAGAGCCUUGUGUAUGUAAUUAAAGUUCAAUUUAGAGAUUGAGAUACAAUUAUUUAAGGUAAAUUACAUCUGUUUGAAAGUGAAACCAGUUUUUUUUUCAUGCAGGCUCUGUCAAUCAUAGCCAGGGGAGGUGUGGCUAGGGCUGCAUAAACAGAAACAAAGUGAUUUAACUCCUAAAUGACAGUGAAUUGAGCAGUGAAAUUGCAGGGGAAUGAUCUAUACACUAAAACGGCUUUAUUUAGCUAAAGUAAUUUAGGUGACUAUAGUGUUCCUUUAAUAUGUAAGUGCAUUCAAUACACACUAACAGGGAUAGACCAUAAAGUCAAAACAGCCAAACUGGACAUAUUCUCUAAAUUAACUUUGCUUUCAGUGAAUUCAAAUAUUCAGUUUGAAUCACUCCAAUAAAUAGCCCCGUCACUCAUGUUCUGAUACUGUGAGAGGGAUUUUGCCGUAGAAUACAUACAUAUUUCCCGCAGAGGUAACAAUACAAUUUUUAACAUAUUUGCUUUUUUUCUGCAGCCCAACUCCGGAAGCUGGAAGGAUUAAAAACAAUCGCACUAACAACAAAUGGAAUCACCCUGAGCCGACAGCUGCCCAAACUGCGAGAUGCCGGUCUGGACGUGCUUAAUGUCAGCCUGGAUACCUUGGUACCUGCCAAGUUCGAGUUCAUAGUGCGUAGGAAAGGUAAGUGCUCUUUAACAAACUGUUUCAGAUUGAUGAUCCCACUGCUACUCCUAUCUGAAUGUUGAAGGGUUACUGACUUUGCAGAAUAUAUUAUUUUAUUUCUGUGGUAUCAGUUUUCUUGGGGUUAAAGACCCCAGCUGCACUAUUGAGCCUCUGGAUACAUGCCACGGAUAUUAGGGUACAUUAAUGUAAUUUUUGGGUGCUUUCAGCCUUGGGUCACAGGGUUUAUUCUGAUAUCUGCUGAACAUCUUAAUGGCAUUAUUUUCUUAUUAAAUAGGCUUCCAUGUAAUAUAUUGUUGUAGAUUUACUAAAAGGAUUAGUGUGACCCAGAUAAGAAGUCUCCUUGCUCCUGGGUCAUUCGAGGUCUGAGAAUAAAAACAUUUUUAAUUUAAACUUUGAGUUAGGACUUUGUCAAGUACUGUAUAUAGCAUGGAUAUAUUAUUAUUUUUUUUAAAUUGAAAAUUGGCUUUAAUAAAACUAAAUUCUCAGAAAUUCUAAUGAGAAAUUAUUCAAUGCAUCUAUAUGAGGAGAUGCUGAUUGGCCAUGGUGACAUUUGUCUCCGCCCCCCCUUCCCGCCUCCUUGGCUGAGAUUAUCAGAAUUGUCUAUUUCUUAUGGGAAAGCAUUGUGAUCGACUAAGAUCAUCAGUUCUGAUGAUGCCAGCCAAGGGAGUGGUGGCGGGGCCAGAAGUUAGGAGCCCCACGCAGCGCUGGAAAAAGGUAAGUAAAUCAUUUUUCAAAACCAAGGUCAGGGAAGCCGACCACCUAAAUGGUGGUUUUUGAACUAUAGUGUCAGGAAUACACGUUUGUGCUCCUGACACUAUAGUCCCCGUUUAUUUUUUUAAUUUCAAGUGCUUCAUUAAUGAAGAGAGACAGAAAUAUUUUUAAACACGAAGAUCUCAGAGAUACCAUCCACAUUAUACAAUCAUUAGAGGAUAAUAAAACUCAUGAUAAGAGCUUGCCCCCUCACUCAUCUUUUAGAGGGUUCUGUCUUACUAAAAGUCAAAUUCAUCAGCCAAAGUUUGGAAUCUAGCUGUAAUCACUGUUACUUUGUAAGAAGUGAUGUUGUUAUGGUAAGAAUCUGGUUUUAGAUUUAUCCAGUGACCAAUUCUGGAAGCGUUUUAGGUGCGGUUUAAAUAAUUAAUACAUUAUUUCACUUUCUGCCUUUAAAUAUCAAUCUCUUCAGAAUUAUGCUUUUUCAGCAAAGCAGAUUCGGGGCUGGAUAUAUUUAUAUAAAUGUGGAUUUACUGAUUCUGACUGAGUGAGAUCCAUUUUUCUUCUAUUUGAUCUCUAUUGUGUUGUGUUGUAUUUGUUUUGCCUAAUUUAACAAUGAUGUGUGUUUAUGUAAGGCAAACCCAAAAUACAUGGAAACAAAGUGCGAUGGCACAAACCUAUUACACUCUCCAAGGACUCACACUGGAUACACUUGUGACACCCAUUUGUUAUAGGAGCAGAACGAUUUUAUUUUUCAUAUAUAUUUUUUUUUCUAUUCAACAUGCACAUCUGUAUGCUAUCUGUAUGGAUCCAAACAAGAGGUUAUGAAAGGAGACAUGCCUAGGUGUUCUCUUUAACUCCGACCUCUCCUUCACCUCUCAUGUCCAGUAAAUUGCCAAAUCCUGCUGCUUCCGCUAAAAACAUUGGGCACAUACGCCCCUACUUAGCGCCAGAUGCGGACAGCGGUGCUGGUCCAUGCUGUUGUUCUCUCUCGCCUUGAUUACUACAAUCCCCUUCUCAGUUUUUUUUACGUGUUCCCAACUUUCCCUGUUACCAUCUAUAAUGAAUGCUAAUCUAUCUAAAAUCUAUGAUAAUCUAUCUAUGAUAUAUCUAUAAUCUACCUAUAAUCUAUCUAUAAUUUAUCUAUGAUAAUUUAUCUAUGAUAAUCUAUCUAUGAUAAUCUAUAUGUAACAGAUACCCUGUUCCUGGAUAUGACUUUUAUUUUGCCUGGAUCUGUAUAUGAACCCAACCGAACAGAUUUGCCCGAGUUGGUUCAUAUACCGAAUAAUAAACCGAACACUUGGACCACCCAAAGCAGUCGUGUGCCACGAAUUGACCCAAUUGACCUUACUGACACUUGCUCUAACUGCAACUCUGAACGUUCUAAGUGUUUCACUGGGUGGCUGUCGAUUCGUAUGUACGAACACGUAGUGGCGGCCAUCUUGUUUUGUCGAAGGCGUCUAGCGUUGUUUGGUCGUCGAGUGUAUGGAACUAUUUUCAGACACUCAACGGCCCGAACACCACUGAGACUUACAGGAUCACCUAGGUUCGUUCCAAAUCAUACGAAAGAGGCUGCGUUCGGUGAAACCCAACUCCCGAACAAUGGGCACACGACUAGCUUUCCCACUAACAGUUAUUUGAGACAUUUCGUUGUAUUUGAAGACCACAAAAGAGACCGAUCACACUGCCUGAAUUUAUGGAACUAUUCUGGGCAGGUGUCUCAAGUGCGGUCGGUCAGAAAUAAGACUUCAAUAUGAAUCCCGAACCCCUGAACCGAUCUGGGUGAUUUUUGCAUAUGUUUAGCUAUCAGGGGAUAUACUUUUUAUGGGGUUUACGGGAUAUUUUUAGAAUGUAUAUAAAUUGUGUUCCUUUUUGCCUGGAGAUAAUUGAGUUGAUACAGUAAUUGACUCAAUUAUCUCCCAGGCAGAGGGGAGGGAUUGUAUGUUAUGUAUGUGAGUGUCACACUGUAUAACCCUGUUAUUAUUGGUUUGUAAUUCUUUAUUGUAGUCCCCCACAAGGUCCCCCUUGCAUGGGGACUUGCAUAAAAGGCCAGUGUGGCUACCAUUAAACCAGUUCCCUUAACCCUAAACACGCAGACUUAUCUUGUGAUUGUAGGGAACCACUAUACUGCUACAACCACUAGCUCUUAUAAGAGCUCUACAGCUAUACUGGAUUCCUGGUCUGCUUGGAUAUCAACUGGAGAAUACUGCAGCACUCCUCAGACUAGGGGAAAAGGACAUCCUCACACUGGGUGACCGUCACACUAUCUAUAAUCUAUUUAUAAUCUUUAAUCUAUAAUAUAUCUAUGGUAAUCUAUAUAUAAUAUAUAUAUAUAUAUAUAUAUAUAUAUAUAUAUAUAUAUCAUAAUAUAUCUAUCUAGAAUCUAUCUAGAAUCUAUCUUUUGGCCUCCACAUAGAAAUUGUAAAAUAUUUUAUAAAUAAAUGAAUGUGGUGGCGAGGCUCAUCUUCCUGUCCGGAGAGCAAAAAACAGGUCGCAAGAGUAUUCUGAAAACGGACAACAACUGAAAUAGCCUGCCCUUCGGUGGGUCCCCGCUCAGAAUUCAAGCUGGUUUUAGCUCAUCUUGUGCCAUUACAGAGAGAACAUCUCUGAAGCAUAUGAGACUGGUCCCACCCAUACAUACGGGCAGUCCAGAUCCGAAAUGUUAGCAAGUUCUCUCUGCGUGAGAGACACAGCAACCCCAGACGAUCGUUUCAGCCUCGUUAGGCAUCAUCAGUGAGGCAUAGCUUAUAUCUCUCUAGGCACCGUGAGCAUCAUCUUCCUAUCCGUCCGCAACCCCCUCCUCCCCCAUCCUCUCCCCCUCUGUCAGUCCCUACAUUGGCUUCCUGUUAGGGCUCAGUUUAAGAUUCUGGUGCUUGCUUACAAGUCCCUACAUAAUGCUGCUCCCUCCCUAAUACACAUGUAUGUCCCAUCUAGGUCACUACUCUGGCAUUAAAUUCAAAUUUACUUUAGUAAAUAAACCUCAAAUAGUCCCUUUAACUGCCUUGUACAUUGAACAAUCGUAUAUGCAUUCUCCAUUCUUUCCACUAGAUGGUGCUGUAAUACUGCUAUAAAUCCUCUAACAGCUUCACAGAGCAGCAUUGAGUUGGUACAGAAUGUUUUACAAGUAACAGAAACGCCUGAAUGGGGCACAGUGACAGGAGCAUGGUGGAACCUUGUUCAAUGCAUUUUCAUAAAUCUUGAUCCAUGCUGGACCACCAACUAUAGAGAAGACAUUAGCGUGCAGAACAUACAGUGACUUAGCUAGAUCAAUACAUAGUUUGACGUACCAGUUCAAAACGUUACUUGUUUACUUAAAUAAUAUAAAAUGAGGCUGAUGUAUCUAGGGAAUGAAGAAUGAUGUAUUAUCCCUAAUUUUGUAUGCUUUGCUCUCGUUUCCCCUCUCUUUAUUCUGUACCACGAAUAAUAUUUGCCUCAAUAAAAGAGAGAUUGGCAAAAAAAAAAAAACUAUAGAGAAAACAGUGUAUGCAAAACGAGGGGCAAAGCAUGUGGCAUACUAAAGAUGCCAAAACACGUUCCGUACUUUAUUUAUUUAUUCAUUUAUUUUAUAAUCUUUAUUAAUUUCCUUUUAGACAAAUUACAAAAUCUUAAAAACAUAAGGCAAUAAGCUCUGUAGCAUAAGUCUCAAUAGAGAAAAAACAUACCAACAUACAUCAAUAACCACAGGAGCAUGUCAUUACUUAGUUAGAUAUGCUGUAGGUUUUUUCCACCGCCUCUGUAAACCAAAUUCUACCAUUUUCCAUCUUAAGCUGCCAUAGCAGUUGAUUAACAAAUGAAAAAGCGUGACUCUGCUUCAAGCCUCUUGCAAUCAAUAUGUUCACUGCUGCACAAGUAUGAGUUAUUAAAUAUGGUUGCACUUUUGAUCAUUCGGACAGAUUCAUAUUCAAUAAAGCGAUAUUCGGAGUAAAUGUAACAUUUGUCUUUAAUGCUUUUUUAAGAAACUCAAAAGCCCAUGACUAUAACGUGCAUAGUUUUGUGCGAUGCCAAAAAAUAUGCGUAUAAGAGCCAAUUUCUUCCUCGCAUCUCCAGCAUUUGUUAUUACUAUCUGGAAACACAUUUGCCAUUGUAGUUGGGACAAAGUACCAUCUGGUAAUACACUUGAAAUGCGUUCCUAUUAGUGAGAGAUCAUGGAUGUUCUUGGUGAAACUUGAGAAUGCUGAAAUCCAUGACUGCUCAUCCAGAGACCGGUGCAAAUCUAUUUCUCAUUUAGUAAUAUUACUAUUUUUCUGCUUUCUAUUAUUCAAUAUUUUAACUAUUUUUACACAUUUGGCCAACAUUUUUUUUAAUAUUAUUCUGCAGAAAUAUUUUUUCCAACAUCAUUACUACGUUGGUAUUUUCCAUGAGGACAUACUUGUUCUGAAAGCUUUUCACUCUAAUAUAAUUAAAUGCCUCCCCUGGAGGCAAAUGCCACCAUAUUUGUUCAUCGUUUGUUCACCAAUGGGUUUCUUGAAUUAUUAAUAUAUCUAUAGCCGCUUUUUUCAUUGUUUUUUGCACCAUUUGUCAUUUAAAAUUAGAGUGAAGUCCCUGUACAUUCACACUCAAGAAUUUAACCAUAAUCAAAAAUGAAAAAAGUUAACCUCAUUCCUCGUCCUGUGCUGGCAGUCAAAAAACCUGACAAACAUGCACAUAUAAACAAAGACCACAUAUGUUAAUGUCUUCCUGAGCCUCAAGAUAGACAUCCCGCAAUCUAUACCUCAAAAUAGAGGUUAGAAAUGCUACUAAGUUCAAAGAACCUACGGCAGGGGUAAACUGCCAUUUGGGGCAAGAAUUGUUAAUAUAAUAAAAAUAUGUUUGUAUAUCUCUAAUAUGCAAAUGGAGAAAACAAACAAAAAAAAAUUAUAACAAUAUUUUAUUCCCAUAUAAUCAUUAUUAUAAGUGCUUACAAUCGUGAAGACAAUCCUGAAAUUACUGUGUAUUUCUUCUCUCUUAUUCUGAAUAAAACACCCUCUUAUUAUGGUUCCAUAAUUCAAAUGUCUCACUAUUUCUGACUGCGCCAUGUUAGUGUUAUUUAGAAAACCGCUUCUAAAAAAAAUAAAAAAUGUAUUAAACUACCACUAAUAUCUGUGUCUUCUAUUAUAAAUAUUAAUAUCAAUGCUGUACCAUCCAUUAUAUAAUUAUGUUGAUAUCUUAUCUUCUAUCGGACACUCUUUUGUCUUAAUACCUGCAGAGCGUCAGUAUACGUUUUCUGAUGAAUUCCUGUCUGGUAUGAAAGAUCAGGGAAGAUCAGCACGUCUUUAAAUUUUCCAUUCUUCAGGUUUAUUUCCUUUUAUUGACAUUAAGAUCUUUUCUUUGAAUAGGUAAGACAGGGAAAUUAGCGAUAACAUCUCUAGGUGUGUUAUUUUUCAUUGAACUUGGUUUCGGUAAGCGGUGUAUUCAUUCAAUUGUUGAAUUGAGGUCUUGAUCUUCUGCGCCACGUUCCUUAAAGUACUGAGAUAAAACACUCUUAGUUGUUCAGAACUGGUUUCUUCUGGGAUACUUCUAAAGCGUAAAUUGUUUCUCCUUGCACGAUCUUCUGGCUAUUUAUUCUGAGGAGCAGGUAGUCCUAUUUUUCUUGUAGUAUCAGUUGUUGUGUGUCGAUUUUUUGUAAAUGCUCUUCAACUUUUAGUUUUUUGUCUGAUAAUGCCUCAAUUGCUUUUUUAAUCUUUGCUGUAUUGUUGUUAAUUUCCAGUUGUAAUUCUUGCAGAGCUUUUUGAAAGCAUUUUUCCAUGAAUGCUUGUAAUGUAGUAUUCUUUUAUUGGUUCACUUCAAUAUUUAUUAAGUCUUGCGGUGAAAAAAAAAAAUCAUUGGCUGAAACUUUUUUUUUGUUUUAUCUUCACACUUUUCUCUGUGUUAUUAGUUUUCUUCCCCGAAAAGUGAGGGAGAGGAUGGAGGGGGGGGGAAGGGGGCAUGGAUCAGUUUAGCCAAAAGCCAGUUUGCCUCAAUACUGGUAAACAGGACCAAAGUACUCCUCAUAUGAUAAUCACUCCGCUAUGGUCUGAAUGUCAGUAGUUUGAUGCAGAGACCAGGAAGUAACUGUGAAUAGCUAAAAUGUCCGCAAUCAAUUGAAUAAACUAAACAAGAAGAGAGAUGGGAGCUUCUUGUACCAUGUCCUUCACACGUAGCGUAAUGACUAUAUCUCCUUGAGUCUCUUUAAAUACCUAAUAUGCUUAUAAAGGGUUCAGUUAUGAAAAGACAUCUACUGAUUGCCUUGCAUGUAGGCUGAAUUAUAUUAAUAAUAAUGAAAUCCAGUUUGUACGGAAUGCUAAUACUUCGAGUAUUGUGUUCCAUUAGAGACAGGUCCUCUUUAAGACGAUGGACUCCGAAUGCCCUGUGUUCCUUUGCGUCUUUAUGGAAAGUGUUGUGGGUUCUGAGCUUGUAUCUCAGUUGAUGUUAUCGCUUCUCCUGACCCGAUCCUGCCAUUUAGCGUGGUCUGCCGUAAAUUAAUGCUGAAAACCAUUACAUUCCUUACGUUUUUAUUUUUAAAUAUUCUCUAUGAUACAUUUUCCAAAAAUAACAUUGAAACGAUAGCCAUCUUGAGGCUUUUUAUUCUACCUCCCCUGACUUUUUCUUAACCUUUUUUGUUUUGUUUUGUUUAUUUCACUGGCUUUAGAGCUCCAGCGCGGUUCUAUCAGUUAUAGACUAACCGGGUCCACGAUGAGGAAAGAUUGGUUUUGGCAUUUUAUCUGAAUUUAGUGGGGACUUUACAGAUUUAUCUGCUUUUGUAAGAAAAAUGAUUUAUUUCUUGGAGAUAAAUUGCAAACCACUGUCUUGCAUCAACUAAACCAAACGGGUUCUUGUUACAGAAUUCAAUGUGAAUUUCAAAUGUAAGUUUAAAACAACCAAACGGUCACACAUGAAAUGUUUGCACUCUCAAAUGGACAACUAAUAUUUACUUAUGGCUUGUGUUAUUUUUUUAUUUUUUUUUAAACUAUAUCAUGAGUUCCAAUUUAUUUAAUUAACCUGCCUGCAGGAAAUGUUGGGCACAGCAUGUGAUUUAGUUUAACCCCUUGGUGUCCUUUGCACAGAGUAUGUAGUCGUAUGAGAUAUUCUUGUAGUGUGUUUGAGCAGCCCAGAGGUUCCCUGUUCAGACAUGGUGUAAGGGCAGUGUAAGAAUGUAACGCUGCUCUAUUCAUCAAAUAAACACUACAAAAGAAGCGGCAGUUCGUCACGGUGGAAAAUAAAGUUAAAAAAAUAUUCUUUUAAUUUUAAUAAGAAUGUGUUCUAGAGAGCCAUGUCAUUAGAAUAAUGUGUAGCACAGGCAGAGGCAUCAAAGGGUUAUUCCAAAACCCCAGUUUACUCAAACCCUUUAGUAACCCCUAAUGUUCUGUUUGGGCAAAAUACAGUGUUUUAUCGAGAUUUGUUAGGCCAGUGCUCUUUUCUCUUCAUAGCUGGAUUCAUCUAUGUAACAUACAGAGAGAUUGAUCAAAGUAUCUUAAUCUGAAAAGUGCUGCAAAAGUUCUAAUAGCGGCAAAUCGCGUUGGAAACCAAUGAAUCAACAGACAUUCUAAUGAUUGGUUCACUUUUAUAAUAUUACCACUGUUCAGAUCACAACAUUUUGACACAUUACCUGCAUAUAAUAUGCAAGGGGCAGGAAGGGGUUAAACCACUUGUGUCAAUGCAGGAAUAGUUUUAAAGUGCCCCUGUCCUACAGAUCUGAUAGUGUAUUGAAAUGUGAUGCGAGUGGUUUAUACGUUAUGUUAUAAGUAAUAUUUUUUUUCUAUUUUUCAGGUUUCCAUAAGGUGAUGGAAGGCAUCAAUAAGGCACUGGAGCUGGGCUAUAAUCCCGUCAAGGUAGGAGCAAUAUAAAUAUAUAUAUAAAUCCAGUUAAAAAGAUCUACGUCGACAGAUGACACUUUUGUUUAUAGUGAAUCAAUGCAACAACAAAAUAAAACAUUGGUUUUAAUAAUAUUUUUACACUGGCAGAAUCUAGUUACGGAUUUAUUCCACAUGCUCAGAGUAUGCGGGGGGUGUAUCUCUCGCUCUGCGGGGGGUGUAUCUCUCUCUCUGCGUGGGGUGUAUAUCCCGCUCUACGGGGGGUGUAUCUCUCUCUCUGCGCGGGGUGUAUCUCUCGCUCUGCGGGGGGGUGUAUCUCCCACUCUGCGGGGGGUGUAUCUCUCGCUCUGCGGGGGGUGUAUCUCCCGCUCUGCGCGGGGUGUAUCUCCCGCUCUGCGCGGGGUGUAUCUCCCGCUCUGCAGGGGGUGUAUCUCCCGCUCUGCGCGGGGUGUAUCUCCCGCCUGGGGGGGGGUACAUCUCCCACUCUGCGGGGGGCCUAUCUCUCGCUCUGCGGGGGGUGUAUCUCUCGCUCUGCUGGGGUUGUAUCUCCCACUCUGCGGGGGUGUAGAUGGGACAGGGAUGUCUUGCUGAUUUUGCAUUCAGCAUAUCUUGAUUAUCUUUGCAUUGUGUAUAAGGUACGGUAUUUUACUUUGCAUCGUAGUUUAGACAGUACCAGAAAAGCACAGGAAACACUAGACCGGGGUCUGGGAAAGCACCUCUCCACCAGAAACGCAGGGCAUGUAUACACUAUGGGGCAAGUAAGCAGAGCCGGCGCCACCAUUAGCCAGUGAGUGAGUGUAUGUAUGUCAGUGAGUGUCUGCCUGUGUGUGUGUCUGUCAGUGAGUGUCUGUGUGUGUGUGUGUGUGUGUGUGUGUGUCUGUCAAUGAGUGAGUGUAUGUAUGUCAGUGAGUGUAUGUAUGUCAGUGAGUGUAUGUGUGUGUGUCUGUCAGUGAGUGAGUGUAUGUAUGUCAGUAAGUGUCUGUGUGUAUGUGUCUGUCGGUGAGUGUAUGUCUGUCUGUGAGUGUGUGUUUGUGUGUCAGUGAGUAAGUGUGUGAGUGUGCAUCUGUCAGUGAGUGAGUGAGUGAGUGACAUGAGGCCGAGGGGGCAGCAAAAUGGAUCUUUGCCUAAGGUGGCAGAAAUCCUUGCACCGGCCCUGCAAGUAAGAAAUACUGCAGUUCCAAAAUAUUAGCAGAAUUUAAAGGCUCGUGUUAGGCAGACUUUAUACAACAACUUAACCCCUUAAGGACCAAAGUUCUGGAAUAAAAGGGAAUCAUGACAUGUCACACAUGUCAUGUGUCCUUAAGGGGUUAAAUGGAUACUAUAGUGAUAAGAAUACAAAUCUGUAUUCCUAGCACAAUACGUUUCUCUUCCCCCUCCCCCCCCAUUGUAAUGUUCAUUAAACUCUUACUGUACUUACUUAAUUCUGGCACGUAAUUCGGUGCUGGGACAGAGCUAUGCCUCCUCUGAGGUCACCUGACACGGGGAGCUAAUUCUCAUGCAUGUUGGGCCCUCCCCAUAGGAAAGCAUUGCUUCAAUGCUAUCCUAAUGGGUUUUACUGAUGCUGGGUGUCCUUAUGCAGAAAGCGAGGACAUCCACGGUAAAUUAGGCGACCGAAAGUCACCUAACCAACAGGAAGCGCCUCUAGUGGCUGUCUGAUUUUCCAGAAACUUCAAUAUUUAGCUUUGCAUGGUUAAGGGGCCAGAGACAUUGCACCCAGACCAAUUCAAUGAGCUGGGUGUCUGUAGUGUCCCUUUAAUAAAUCCUGCUAAAGGGGCCCGUAAUGUAAAUAUCUUCCAUUUCUGGUAUUUGGCCCUUAUUUUUCCAACAAUUCUCAACUUUAGUGAAUAACUAUUAUUAUCAUAAAAUCCCCUUCAUUUUAUUUUCUCAUUUUCUUUAAUUUUUCAAGGCAUGAAUUUAUUUAUAUAAUAUAUAUUAAUAAAAUAUAGUCUUUACUUUGUAUUUAUUUAUUUUUUCGAUUGUCACAAUUCACUGUUUAGUAAAUAAGCCCCUCUGUUAUUUUUUUAACAUUUCUAGAAAUGAAUUGAUGUGUUGCACCUACAGUUUGUUCCUAGGCCUGAGAGAAACCAUGAAAAUGGUGGUAUUUAAAAGUUUUAGCAUUUUUUUAUUUUAUUUUGUAUUUUUACGUGGUAAAACAGGAAGCUUUUCCUACCAUUACCUCUUGGGCCGUCGCCCUUUACAAAGUGUGUUUGUCUGUAAUCUCUCAUGUUUGGCGCGGCUCACUGACCAGGCGCACUCCAUCUCGCCAUUAAUAAACGUUUACUAUGUGCUAAGACGCACCAUCCAAGAACAUUCUUUGUAAACCCUGCUGAUGCCAGGGCACGUGUUUCCAGUUUGUGUGUGUUUGUUUGGGGGAACAAUUUCUUUUUUUUUUUUUUUUUCUAUUUUUGGAAUUGUAUCCAUAAUACACAUCCUGUAAUACUUAGUGAUUUGACCCUCUCCCCAUUAUUUUUUCUGUUUCCUUGAUCCACAUUCCAGGUGCUAAGCGUGUCUGUUGAAAAUAGGACUGGAUUUCACUUAAAUUAGGUCUGUUAAAAGUAAAUAAAAUUUUUGACCAAUAAGUAGAGAGAAUGUAGAUUUUGGCUUCACUGCGCAAACAACCCGAAUACCAACACCGGCAGGUGUGUUGCUUGUGGAAGUAGCAAUCUCUGUGUAUUUAUAUAGGGAGCAUUAAUUACUAUUAGAUACUGCAAACUUUGCCGUCAGUACUUCACUAACAAUGAUCUGUUAAUAAAUCACCAUUAAUUAAAAGGUGUUUGCCAUGUUUGUGUUACAAGGAAUACAGAGUAUCAGAAAUGAUAUAAGAUAAUUUUAUUGAACUGAAAAUUAAUAAAUUAAUGGGAAAAAUAAAUCAGUUUGUACUCUCAGCAAGCAGGCCUCUGUUUGUGUUUGCUAUUGGCACGUAGAUGCAGAUUGCUACUUUGCUGGUGGUGAGCCGCUGUGUGAUAGGAGAUGAUUGUUCCCAGCAUGCAUCUGUGUGCCUGUUGGCUGAUUGGCUGCUUAUACAACUGAUGCAAAUAGGAGGAAGGUGAUAUUCAGAGACGUGUGAAAAUGUCCUAAUUUAUUUAAAACCAUUCAUCAGACAGAGCUCCCUCCCAUCAAUUCUACCUAUAUAGUAUGCACAACUUUAAAAAGUAAACCUUCUCCUCAACUGCCCAGCUGUCAUUAGAAUAGCAGCGUUUUUUUGAAGUUGGGAGGAACCCCCCCAGUAUGUACAAUCAAUGGAAACAUCUAGAGCAGGGGUCCUCAAACUCCGGCCCCCCAGAUGUCGCUGAACUACAACUCCCAUUAUUCUCUAGCUAUCUAUGUAAUUCAAAGAAUCAUGGGAGUUAUAGUUCAGCAACAUCUAGGGGGCCGGAGUUUGAGGACCCCUGCUCUAGAGCAUAGACAUUUUAUCUCACAGCUAAACUUUAGCUCUAUUCUCUAACAAAAUAUAAUGUAAAAAAAUGGGAAAUAGGUCCUAAUAUUGAAAAUAUUCAUGGAGUUUAAUAUAUCCAGGUUUACAAACGAAAUACUCUAUGAUAUUUCUUUUUUAGAGAGCGUUGUGGCAUAGUGGAUGUUUACAUUGGUGAAAUAUGACAAUUAUAUCAACCCAUGCUGGGAUGCAGAUGAUACAAUUAUGGAUUUAAUGUAAAUUGUGACAUUGUCUCAUUGUAUGAGCCUUGAGAUUGCCCAGAGGAUUCAUUACAUUGUAGCCAGUAAAGAUUUCUUGUUGCCCUCGUGUCGUUAAUGAAUCUGUAUGACUGACUGAUUCUGAUGUGUUUUACUUAUUCAUUCACCUGUAAUUAACCCUUUCUUUGCCCUCUACAGUUGAACUGUGUGGUGAUGAGAGGGUUAAAUGAGGAUGAGCUCUUGGAUUUUGUUGCACUUACGGAGAAAAAGCCUCUGGAGGUUCGCUUUAUUGAGUACAUGCCGUUUGACGGUAAGUUGUCGUUAUGUUGGCGCUGGUUUGCUGACUGUUCUGUUUACAAAGCUGAAUAUCGCAAUGCUACUGAAUGCAUAAAUAAAUCAAUUGGAGAAUCUGUAUGAAGUUGUUAUGGUGCCUGGAGUACUCCUUUAAGUAAAUAUUUCUGUUUAUGUGGCACUAGCAAUUGUAUUUGGAAGGUUACAACUUUAACAUGAAUGAAUAACAAAUCUCACAAGCAAGUCCACAUGUAUGUGAUUAGUGUUAAAUGUUCAAAAAUUCACCCUCCCCCUUUAUGACCCCUAGGCAAUAAAUGGAACUUUAAGAAGAUGGUGAGCUAUCAGGAGAUGUUGGAUACAAUCAGACAGAAGUGGCCAGACCUGGAAAAACUUCCUACAGAAUCAUCCAGCACAUCUAAAGUAUGUAAUAGGCGUAGGUUCCUCCAACUACCUCCUCGGGGGUUGGCAAAUCAGAACAAGGUUUGGUGAUUGGCUGCCAAUAACUUGCAUGUUACUCUAUCACUGUGCACAGUUUACAUUCACUAGUAUUUCACUGUGAAAUAAAUAGUGUGUGUCCUUAUUAUUCUAUCAAUGUUUAAUUAUUUUAGGCUUUCAGGGUGCCAAACUUCGUAGGGCACAUUGGGUUCAUCACGUCCAUGUCGGAACACUUUUGCGGCUCUUGUAACAGGCUGAGGAUAACAGCUGAUGGGAAUCUAAAGGUAAGUGCCUGUGUCCUACUGUCCCGUACUGAAUUAGGAACAUAUUCUCAUUCCUAACAAUUUCUAUCUAAUGUGACACAUACAUACCACCAAAUGGUAAAAACCUUAGAACAUGCUGGAGAAUCGGCUCUGGAAUUAAGUUUAUCCAGUUAGACACCAAAUGUUCCUGGAGGGAGAUUGAGAACAAGCUGUAUUAGAUAGUGAAUAUGCUGUAUUAGUAGAGAAGGUGAUAAUGUUGAUGUGAAUAAGCCUUCAUUGAUGUUUAAAAAGGUGUGUUUGCAGUCGGUAAUAAAGACGUUCUUUGACUCUUACACAGCAUUUGUAGCAAACAGCAUGUAACGGAUCACCUGGCAUCCCGACUGGGUACCUCCGUUGAUGGAUGCUCCUAGCACUUCCUGAGGGCUCCAAGCACUCUAGCCAACACCAUAACCACCGUGGACUCCUUCAGAGAGCAGGACAUAAACAAGCUCUUACAAGAGCUUAGUAGUGAUAUAGCAAGGGAGUAUGACUAGCAUAGCAAUCCUUUGUAGCCAAUCAUCUUCACAGCCAGAGCCUUCCAUACUUCUCUGCUCCAAGUCGCUGGAUAGCUCUGCUCCCAGGGGCGCUGCACGAGUGCUAGCGUUGCCCUCAAUUUGUAAAUCCACGAACGGUGUCUCUGAGCUGCUUUACCUCGCACUAGGACACCAUCCCUCUGCUGCCACCAAUGUAACGGAUCACCUGGCACCCCGACUGGGUACCUCCGUUGAUGGAUGCUCAUAGCGCUUCCUGAGGGCUCCAAGCACUCUAGCCGACACCAUAACCACCGUGGACUCCUUCAGAGAGCAGGACAGGAACAAGCUCUUACAAGAGCUUAGUAGUGAUAUAGCAAGGGAGUAUGACUAGCAUAGUAAUCCCUUGUAGCAGAUUCCCCCAAUAAGAGAAGGCACUCCAAAUUGAGAGUGAAGUAGAACUGAAGCUUUUAAUCCAACACUCUGCUUUUAUGCCCAUUUUACAAACAUAGUACUGCCCACAGAGUUUUGCAGAACAACCAAUCAAUACGUACAAUACACACAGACACUCCCACACAAAAUCCUCCCCUCUGCCUGUGAUACAAUUACCUUACACAAUGGGUUAAUAUAAUUAUCACAGGCAGGAAAAGACACAGUUUUACACAAUAUUCAUAACUUUUAAAGUAUGCAUCACAUUCACAUAAAACAUUUUCAGAAUCCGCAUACUCCAAAUACCAACAUACGUCAAAAUCAUACAAAUUGGUCCAGUAGGUCAAAAGUUAGAUCGUCGUCCUUUGUGACCCAAUGAAGCAUGGCUUUUCUGCCCAAAACCAGUUCCACAGAGUCUUCUAUCCUGGAGAUAAUUGGGAAGUUAUCCUAUUAUCUCCAUGGACAGAGGAAAAACUCCAUUAGCCACAUGGUAGCAAAAGACAAUAAAAUACAUAAAAAUAUAUAACUGUGCAGCUAUUGCAUAAAACAGGUACAUUCAAGAUAUCCCCAGAUAGCUCAGAUCUGAGCGCACAUUAUUACUGAAUGGCGCUCAGAUCACAUACAUACAGUUCAACUGCCAUGGAGCCAAAGUCUUUCACAUAGUCUUUUGUUAUACGAAUGGGCUCCAUGGCAUAGCUAUCCGGGGUAUCACCGCUCAAACAGGGCAAGCACCAAAUGACCCGGCUUUCGUGUCUUCGCAGGGGAAAAUCAAGCAUUUCAACAUGGGGCCAUAGUCACAGGGCAGGAGACUGGCAAUCAGUAUUCUCCAAUGCCCAGUGGCGAGGCUGGUUCUGCCACACAGCAAACCAUAUUAUUUGUAUUUAUCAGGUUAGAAUUGUGUAAUAAUGCAAUGAGUAAUUUACAUUUUAAGUGGGGGAGGAGAAAUGUGUGUAACUGUAACGUUUUACAUUAAGUUAUUGUCGUUCCAUUAUAUUGUAACGUUGUAAUUAAAUUAAUAGAUUUACAUUGUUUCAUUUAGUGUACUUGAUAAAAGUAAGGAAGUAUCAUUAAUUACAUUCUAAUCUUCUACCUUUAGGUGUGUCUUUUUGGAAACUCGGAGGUAUCACUGAGAGACUAUUUACGCUCCAAUACGAGUGAGGAGGAGCUGGUACAGAUCAUUGGGGCAGCUGUUGGACGGAAGAAAAAGCAGCAUGCUGGUACGUCAUCAGGUUAACAUUCGUUUGACCAUUAGUUUUACCCCCUUAUAAGGCAACUUAAGAACCAAAUACUUUUUUUUUUGGAAUUGUUACAAAUGUUUUUAUUCAUUUUUUUUCUGUGUUUUUUAUUUUAUUUUUUUAUAUUUGGUACACUUGUUCCAUUGCAUGAACUGAUAUUGUGGCAUCGUGGUUGUCUGGGUAAAAGGGCCACUUCAAACGAGCUGUUUUCAAUAGAAAUUGACACAAUUCUAAAUUAACGUUGUUAAAUCCCGCUGAUUGUCAAUCAGACAGCUGGUACUGUCCCUUCUUGGAUUGGUUAGCUCAGUGGAGCUAAACUCUAAAGGUGUAAUGAUAGUUACUUAGGAUCGGGAACCUCUGAACGGGCUGAGAGCGCUGCACACAAUAACUGUUCUCACGGCCCAAUAUGCAGCAUUGAGAAUUCUUCUAGCAUUUGGAGCAGGUUCUUAAAGACACACAGGGGAUGUAACAGAAUUUCCGGCUCAGGUUGAUCCACGUCAGUCUGGUGUCCCCGUUCUGGGAUCCCAGGCAUGACGUGGUAAAGAAAAAUCACACGUAAUUGAAACUCAUCUGGCCCCAUUUACUGUGCCCUAUCAUGGUUUCUGUUCUCAGUACCCUUUAGUGUUUCUUGUUACAUUGUGAUAUUUCUGGUAUUGACCUUGGCUUUGUUCCUGACCUUGAGUUUCUUUGUAACACUUUUCUGACUGGUUUACCUGUUCUAUUGAUAUAACAUUUACCUGACUCUGCUUGUUCUCAUUUUCACUGUCUCUCUCUUUUAUCGGAGCUAGACUUGUAUUUGACUAUGUUUCCACUCUAUCUUAAACCGGCCACUCUAAGGACAGGAAAUGUAUCCAUUUCCAUCCAGUCUGUUACUGUUAUCCUAAACUCUGCAUGUUGCGGUUAUUCCUCAUGACAAGAGGUAGCAACUGCCCAGAGCACCUGCCUUUCAAAGGCUUCUCACUGAGCUAUGUUGGAAAGUCUGUGAUUGGAUAGCCACAAAACAUCUGGGCAGGGUAAGAAGGGGAGGGCUUGCAAAGGCUGCAGACAAGAGAACUGCAUCUUUUGCAAGCUGUUUUAAGAUAUAUCCCCUAGGAAAACAUGCAUAAUUAAAUGUUUUCAUUGGGAUACUAGAGAUUUACAUAUAAUGUGUUUACAUGUAUUUUGUAUUUGUAUUGGAAUGUCCCUUUUAAAGCCUUUGUCCCUACUGAACUCUGAUUUGCUAUUUUGAAACACUAAAUAUUUAGAAUGCUUAGGUUAAACUAAGAAAAUCAAUGGCCAACAUUUCAUAAAUCUGGAAAUAAAUAUAACAAGAUUGCAGGAUGCGUUUGCGAACACCAAAACAAGUACGUUGUAGAAAUGUUAGGUACAUAUUGUAUGUAUAUAUAUAUAUAAACAGACAGCUAUCACUGGCUGCACCAUUAACAAAUCUAAACUGGAUAGAUUUUUAAAUGUAAGUAAUUUCUAUGAAUAAAAGGAUCUCUUUCCUGAUUUAAUACGCCCAAUUUCUGCUUUAAUUCUCAGGUAUGUUCAACAUCUCACAGAUGAAGAACCGACCGAUGAUCCUGAUUGGUGGGUGACCAAAGCAGUACGUACAGUGCACUGUUUGUAUGUUUUCACAGAUUGUUUAUCGUAUUUGUGUUUUUUGUUGUGUUCAUUUUCGUUCCAUUACAAAGUGAUUUAAAUAUUCAAUGUCACCAGGUUCCUUCAUCAAGGACUCAAUAUUUUACUAUCUUCCUUUCCACAGCCUUCUGUGUUCUGCUAGUGAGCGUGAAUGAGUGUACUCUAGAGUUUCUGAUUGGGCUUCAAACAUUAAUAGACUUCAACUACUGAUGUGGUUUAAAAGUUGGUGAAAUAGAUUUAUUUUUUCAUGAUUCGUUUGCAUAAUUUCUGUGCCUAUAAAUCUUGAUGAUGACCACAGUGUCUCUCAUCUGACCUACCAGGCUAUAACGAGGAAUAAUUUACGUUCCUAGUCUCCUGGCUAUUACUUGAAACUGGAGUUUGAUUUUCUUAUCAUACAUUCUAGUGGUGUGAGCUACGCUACAAAGUGAAACAACUGACCCUACAAGAAUACAGCUUAGGGUUACUAUAUUCUCACUUUAAGAGUUCACAAUUUAGGAUGAUGUCCGCAUCACUUGGACAGAAUUUAUAUGUGAGGCGUUCAGGCUGAUGGAAGGACCUAAGUGCUGGCCUGUUGAGCGAGUUAUCUGGGAUCCAUGUCGUGGCCUCAUGGAUAUUAAUCAGGAUACUAGGACAGCCAUUUAUUUACCCUCCACUAAGUUUAAAGGGCUCUAUCUCUCUGUACCCUUUGUGCUAGGGACAGUUGGAUAUUUUUUCCACUAUGAUUCUUAUCGGCUACAUUACUUCUAAACUAGAUUAUUACCUUCUGUUUCAUUAACCUGCAAAUAGCUCUUGGGCGGAGUGUUACGGUUUUUCCCUUGAGUGUAUGAGGAAUUGAAUGACAAUAGUGUAAUAAUACGACAGUCCCCAUUCUUCCUGUACCCCUCUUGUAGCCCCACUAUGAUAUGAAUCUGCAAUAUUUUAUAUAUACUAGGUUUCUACAGUUUGCUUCAUUCUCCUCCACACAUGCUCAUUUGGGCUCGUUUGGGCUGUGGGUCGAGUUCUUUUAUGGUAUUAGAGACUGACGGCAGCAGUAUAGCAGCAUAAAUGCAUCUAUGGCAGUGGGCUGAUAUCCUAGAAUAUGUCAAACGUGUAAGAAUGCAGGUAUAUUGCUUUUGUACAUCAGUUUAUUUUAGCUCUAUCCACUAAACUGUGAAUUGAGUCUGCUAAUAAAUAGCUCUGUUCACUAAACAGGGAAUUUUCAUUCAGCAAACCUGUUUCUUCGUAGAGCCUGUAUCCUCCAUCUCAUAUACAUUCACCUAUAUUAUAUCUCUGUGGGUUACACUUGUUACCCCUUAUGAGUAUUUGGUGUUAGUAACCAUAUAGUCUCUAUUAUUACAAACACCAUUAGGUGUUCAGGGUUCCAGAGAUGGAUAAAAUGAAACAAUAAAGUAUUAAUGAGAGUUUUUUUAGACUUCUAGAAAUUGUUAAUAUCACAAAAAAUCAGAGAGGAGGACAGAGAAUCUAAUCCUCAAUAGAUAUAAUAUUUUAGUGCUACCUGAAGAGUUGUGUGCGAAACGCGCGUGUCAGGGGAACUCGGUGGUCUUGAGACUUCAUUUUCAUUCAAUAUUCCAUUAAGACCAGAUACUCUUUCUGUUUCUCGACCCCGAGUUGGCUUAACCACUUAUGCUUCAGGCAGCACUAAAAUAUUAUAUCUAUUGAGGAUUAGAUUCUCUGUCCUCCUCUCUGAUUUUUUUGUGAUAUUAACAAUUUCUUUAUAUCAAUAGCCUGAGCGGUUAAGUAUUUAUUCACUUGUGCUAAUUAAUUAAGCAUAAAAGCUUUUUGUAGCAGGGAUCGGAUAUAUAGUAUACUAACUAUCAGAGCGUUGGUGCAGCGUCCCAUAUGGCUUGGCACACAGAUCACUACGAUCAAAGUUUUGCUAUCAUAUUCCUUCCUUUUGUAUGUUGCAGCUAGGAUACCCUGCAUUUUGACAAACAUACCUGCUAUAAUGCAGAGUCAAUACCGUAUAUAGCCCAUGCAAAUUGAUCAUUUCACAUGGCACAAGGCACGCUACUUGUUCAGCUCUAUUUGGAGAUUUGUUACAAGAUCCUUUGUUAUGCUGCAGCUUGGUUACUUUGUAUCUAGACAACAAACCUGCUACAAUAUAGUGAUUCUAAUGUAUAUAGCUCAUGUGAAUUGCAAAACUUCGUUUGGCAUGCAUUACUGGAUGAAGGUUUCUGAAAACUUUUGAACAGAACCUCAUUACGAUUAUACACUCUCAGUAAUUAUCAUGUUCACCUCAUAUUUUUCGGUAUAUACUUUAGUUUAUUUAUUUAUUUAGAUUUCUAUUAUGACCUAUUUCAACCUGGGAAUUUGACCAUUAUUUUUAUAGUGGUCCAAUAUUUACAUAUUUCAUUAUAAAUAGGUCAUUUACAAGAGAUUGCUAAUACGUUGGUUUACAACCUAUGUUUAAUGGAUUGUAAAUAUCUUUGUAUACAUUUUUAUUUAUGAAUAGUAUUCCUAUUUAGGAUAUUCAGACCCUAAUUUUACUAUUACUAAUAAAAGUUACAUUUUAAGGGCACUCACUUUAUCUUUUAAGUGAUUUCAUUAAAUUUUUGAAUUGUAAAUACAGUUUGCGUCAUGAUAAAUAUCGAUAUAUAUGAACAUAUCAUUUUUUCCCCCUCUUUUUUCAAAUGUCGUGUAUUAAAAGACUUAACAGAAAUACAGACUUGCACUUAUCUUCUGAUUGGAACAAAUCCAAAAUAAAGACAGAAAGCCACUCGAUGUAAUAUUGUUAAUACAAUACAAGUCUAGGCCUCCGACACCUUGUAUUUUUUGGUAUAACUAACCUUUCGAGGCUUUCCUAAUUUCUAUUCAUUGAUGUUACGACAGCUAAUCAUUUGAAGAUGCAACUCUUGUUAAAUUGUAGAAUAUUUUUUUUCUCUCUGUCUCGCUUGGUGGAUGCAAAGCACGUGAUGGUUUUAUAACUGAAUUAUAAGAUAUAAAGCACAUGUACUGAUACACAGCACAUUCCAGAAGCAGCCAGAGCAAAAUUAUUCAGCACACAACAAGUUUCUGUGAAAUAUCUGUUUUGGAAUGAAGACCAGAUAUUGGAUUAAAGACAGUAGUUUGGAUACAAUACAACUGUGGCCAAUUUUUUGGGGGCGGUAUCAACAUUCCAUAGCCAUCAUCCAGAGGGGAAUGUCACGUCAUGUAAUAUUAAAAAAUAGAAAAAUAAAUAAAAACAGAAAAAAUAUCAUCGUCACUUGUUUACCAGUUUCAUGGAAUUUUUAGUUUUAGAAAUAAACACAAGAUGCAAGUAUGGUUGUAACAAAAUGGAAGGAUAGAUAGAAACAUUAAAAAAUGUUAUACAAAUAAAUCUUAACUAACUUAACUUAACUUUUUUCUUUAUCAACAUUUCAGUUUUCCAUUUAAAACUUCCACCAGGACCCCGUAGAGCACCAAAAUAAUAGAAAAAUUAUAGAAAUUGAACACUACACUUUUUUUUAGACAUAACCUCCUUGGUACUCCAUAAAAAGCAAGCUACUGAACAAAUUGCAGUUCACCAGUCAGUUUUAUAAGCGUGAUGUGUUGACGAUCUGUUUUAAAUGAUGCCAAACUGCCCAUCUCUAGAUUACAGCAAUGGAAACAUUGUAAGAAAAUACAUUGCAAUCUGUUAACGUGUUGUACUUGGGUGCAGACGUGAGUUGAACUUUGCUUUAAAACAGAAGGUUUGAGCUGCUAAUGAGAGUGUUUGGAGGAAACCGCGUAGACGUGGAACAAUCUUCGUACAAGUUUAUUUUGGGUGGUUUUGAAAUUCUCUUUGCAACAGCACAGAAGAUUGAUUAAAAGUAAACCAAUAAAAUUGUAUGACACACAGUAUUACAGGAGGUCCUUGCUCCCAUAAACUCACAACUAGUUCAGCUGGAAAAUGUUCAGAACUCAAACAGAACUCUUAGCCAAAAAACACGUCUCUAUUUUGGAAGCGUGGAUGUGUUCUCCAGAUUGUUUUUUCAGUUUUUCUUUCUUUUUUGGGGGGGUGGGGGGGAAGGUGGUUGGUUGCAAUUUUAGUUUUUUUUUUUGAUUUAUUAAUUUUUUUAAGAGAUGCUUGUUGACCCUAAAACCGACCCUAAUAUUGCUUUAGUUCAGCAAUGAAUGUGAGUGAUAGGUCAAUAGAUUUCCUGGUUUUGAAAGGGCAUUGGUCCCUGGUUUUCUUGUCAUGCUUGGCAAGCAGAGAUGUAUCUUAGGACAUUCUGUAAUGAGGGCUCUGACAACUGUUAUAAAUCUACACAAUCCAUUUAUAAACCUGUCAUCUUCAGUAAUAUCAUUAUACAAUUAUUAGAAACAUCCAAGUAUUUCUUUGAAAGCACAUAAUUAAAUUAGUACCAGCACUUUAGAAUUACACAUUUCACAAUAUAUCUGUUGUUGAUAUCAAUCUUCAGGUCUUAUGCUGUUUAUGUUGGGUUUAUUGUUUUGGUAACUAUGGGGUAAUGUAUAACUAGUAGUAUAAUAGAUAAGCAAUCAUCUGAAACCUAUAGGAAUGUUCUCCAAAUAUAAAACCUUUUGUUCUCUAUAUAUCGGAUAUACUCUCUAUAUCUCUUUAUGUCUGGUUGGUCUCCAUAACCGUAUCAACCUAGGAGAUAAAUCCAUAUGUUAUUCAAAUAUAUGUUAUUUAUAAUUUUUUUAAAUAAAGCCAAAUAUUUUCAGGCAUGAGAACAUGGACAGUGUAAAUGGGGAGAGUGGCAUGGGAACAUGGACAGUGUAAAUGGGGAGAGUGGGAUGGGAACAUGGACAGUAUUGGUGGGGAGAGUGGGAUGGGAACAUGGACAGUAUUGGUGGGCAGGGUGGGUUAGAAACAUGGAGAAACAUGGACAGUAUUGGUGGGGAGAGUGGGUUGAGAACAUGGACAGUAUCGGUGGGGAGAGUGGGUUGGGAACAUGGACAGUGUAAAGGAGGAGAGUGGGAUGGGAACAUGGACAGUAUCGGUGGGGAGAGUGGGUUAGGAACAUGGACAGUAUUGGUGGGGAGAGUGGGUUAGGAACAUGGACAGUAUUGGUGGGCAGGGUGGGUUAGAAACAUGGAGAAACAUGGACAGUAUUGGUGGGGAGAGUAGGUUGAGAACAUGGACAGUAUCGGUGGGGAGAGUGGGUUGGGAACAUGGACAGUGUAAAGGAGGAGAGUGGGAUGGGAACAUGGACAGUAUCGGUGGGGAGAGUGGGUUAGGAACAUGGACAGUAUUGGUGGGGAGAGUGGGUUAGGAACAUGGACAGUAUUGGUGGGGAGAGUGGGUUGAGAACAUGGACAGUUUUGGUGGGGAGAGUGGGUUGGGAACAUGGACAGUAUCAGUGGGAAUUGAGGGAUAGAAAUAAGGACAGUAUUGAUGGAAGAGUGGUGUAGACACAUGGUCAGUUUAGCAGGUAGAGAAAGAAGGAUAUGGACACUGACUUGUAGGCUGAAUAGGGCAAUAGGAUUUGUAAUUCAUUGUUAAAAAUGUUUACUCUGGAUGUUUUAGAUAAAAGAGAAUUAAAAAAAUAAAUAAAUGUUCAUGUUUGUUUAUUUUCUCUUAUUUUGCAGUUGCUCACAUAAGAACUUCCAGAGCCCUUCAGGAUUCCCUAAAAUAUCUUCCCAGUAGUCAGAGAAAAUAUACUAAUAUUGCCAAACCGAGAGACGGAUCAUUUAGAAGUGUAUUUAGUAGACUGUUAUAUCUGCGCUGUCUAAAAAGCAAUUUAAAUUAUAUGGUGCUUAAACCUCGGCAUUACAGUAAUGACUUCCGUGAGCCCAAGUGCCUUACUACACAAAAGUCUUCUGAUGAAGAUGCCAGGAGAACAAUAAAUAUGUCUGAAACGCACAAUUCCAAAUGGCAUAGUUCCUCGGAACACUUAACACAUGUCAACACUGAUGGAAAGGUCAACAUGGUGGAUGUUGGGAUGAAGCCUGACUCAGGUCGAACUGCAGUUGCCACAGCAUUGGUUCGGUUGGGUCCAAAGGUCUUUGACUUGGUGCAAUCUAACCAGCUAAAGAAAGGCGAUGUGUUGACUGUAGCUCAGAUUGCAGGAAUACAGGCAGCUAAGCUCACCAGCCAGCUCAUUCCUCUCUGUCACAACAUAGCUUUGAGUCAAGUAGACAUUUCUCUGGAACUGGACAAGCAACAAUCUGCUGUAAAGAUCACAGCCACGUGUCGCACACAUGGUAAAACUGGCGUUGAAAUGGAAGCUCUUACUGCUGCCAGUGUGGCCGGUUUAACCGUGUACGACAUGUGCAAAGCUGUCUCCCAUGACAUUGUGAUUGAAGAGGUGAAACUCUGCAGCAAAACUGGAGGACAGAGAGGAGACUUUCAGCGGGCACAGAACCCUACAUCCUAAUCAGCGGGCACAGUACCCAACAUCCUAAUCAGCGGGCACAGAACCCGACAUCCUAAUCAGCGGGCACAGAACCCUACAUCCUAAACCUUGUUUACCUCAGGUGUUUCCAGAUGGCCCAGAUGUCUGACCUUUGCCAGAUACCCACUAUUAUAUUAGAAGGGGUCCUAGAGAGGGUAACAGCUGCAGAACCCGUGGUAUUAGAGCCAUUCACAAAUGCUACAUAUUCUCUUUAGAAUUUGUUAAAGAAAUUUAUUUUUUUUGUAAGGCCCUCAAAUGUUACAGUAUUUUCCGGGUGCAUGUAUGCUUGCUAAUAUCUCAUAGAAUGGAAAGCAAAUAUUUUGCAGUUAGACUGCAUUUCGCCUUUACAUGCAAUAAGUAGCAACUCUCAAUUACUGUUUCAUGAAGUAUUUGUUCCCAAUUUUAUUUCUCAAUUAAUCAAAUGUGGAUUAUGAUAACCGUCAUUUUGAUUCUUUCACCAGAUUGUCAUGUUAAACUUUUCUCAAAGUGAAUGGAUAAACCAGCAAUCAGCCUUCUUCUCUUUGAAACGCACAGUAUUUUGUACAGCGCUGUGGUAUCUGCUGGCACACUAUAAAAAAAAUCUAAAUAACUUGUGUCGCUGUCAACACAGGGAGCGCUCUAGUUCUUAUUAUAGGAACUUUUUACUUAUUUCUCAGCUUCAGCCAGAUACCAAAAUUGUACAUUGUUAAAUAUAGAUUUAUAUUGAUAUUAAAUUAAUAAUAUAAAUUCUUAUAGAGGUAGUAUUGCUAUAAGUUUUGAGAAUAUUAAAGAUCUUUUUUUUUUUUUUAAUAUAUAUAUUUUUAUAGCUAUUCCAGCGUGUUUUACAUAUGAAUGCCGUUAGAUAAAUGCUUUUAACGAGUUAGAAAUAAACACGUCUUAAUUGUUUUUGUUUUUUUAUAUAUAAGGUGACGGAUAAUUAAUAAACUGAGCAUGUUGCUGCUUUACAAUAUGAACCAUUCUCUCCUGCGUGACAUAUAUUAAACACAUAUAUUCCUUCUGUCCAGGUAAUUACCCCAGAUUAACAACUUUGUUGCACUCGAGUUCCAAGCGUCUUAUUUUAUAUUAACUGAUUAUUUACAAUUAAUAGACAUUUUGCACUUUGUUUAGUUAAUUCUUCGUGUCUUUACGUAGACUGGUAGUGGUCUAACUGGACACUGUAUUGGUGAGAGAAAUUGUAAAGAGGCUUCUAAGAGUUCUAGAAGGAUAAUCGCCAUGGAAACCGAAGAUGAUUUUUCCUUGCUUAGUUAAUUGGUCUCUAUGACGAUUUGUUCACUUUUAGAACUUUGCUCAGUUUUUCUGUUACUCAUACCUUUAUCUCGCAUAUAUAAAUCAGUCACUUUAUACCAUCAAAAGCCGGUGGAAAUGAAUAAAAUAAAUGUCUUAAUGUCUUUUUCUUUAUCAGUUCUGCGAAUGCUUAUGAAUUAAAUCACAAUAAACAUAAUGAGCUCCUA